AUGUGGCUUUUAGUGUUGCUCUUUGUCCCGGUUUCCUCUCAUUACUAUCUGAAUACAAGUGAUCAGGGUAAGGAAAAAAGCAUUUAUUUGCAUUUUCAGCUUCAAAACCUGACAUUUAAAUAGUUUGCCUGCUUCCCUCUAUCUUCUAUGAAUUUCUUGUUUUAAAAACUUAUUUUUGUUUUCAGUAAGAGUUCAAAAAGGUCAAUGCGUGUUGUUUCGAACACUAACUCGAAAUUUUGUAUGUUACAUCUUUUUUCGUGUAGGUGGAACAGUUUGUGAAUUUCAAAAGUUCCGUUGUAGCUGAUCUACGUUACAGUUAGUUUUUGUAUUUUCAGCACGAUAGAUAUUUAUUUUAAUGUUCACUGAUAUUUCUAUUGUCCGCUUAACUACAUGCAUCAUUUACAAAUUCAUUUUAUCCACUGUGAUUGCAAAGUAUCCGUUUUCAUAAAAACACAAUUUAUUUAAAUGGCUACAUGCUGAGAUUCAUUUUCUAGUGGGGCGAAAAUAAAGACUGCAACCAAUAUAAUUUUUUCCCCUUCGUCAGUUCUAGAUUUCCGUACUUUCAUUAUUCAUGUGAUUCUCUCUCUCUGUCGCUUUUCGUUUAAUCCCAAAAUUUCGUGACACGAUAACCUUAUCUUGGCAUCUUUAAUUAUCAGAAUAUUUAUCAUUUUUUCUUAAAGCUUGUAUGAUAAUGUAAAAGCAAAAUCUGCUCUCUUGCUUCCGUAAAUGCCCUUCUUCAUUCUCUUUCCAACUAGCUUUUUCCAUCAAAUGUUUUCAUACGAGGUAAAAUGUUUCGUUUUUAGGAAAUAUCAUUUAAAAUAGUAAAAAGGAAAAUCGAACAGAUAUGAUGUGCCUGAAACAUAAAUUUAGCUUUAGCUUAUCUUGUACAUCCGGUAGCAACCACUUUAUUAUUAUUACUUUACUUCACUUUAUUAUUCGUUUUGUCUGCACUGCAACAGCUAGGGUUCCCUUUUACUCAGAAAGAGAAGGCUGCGGAAUCUUAAACCCCCAUUACUUUGUCAAGUGAGUUUUUGUUAAAACGUUUUCCCUCCAGUUGGUGGUAUAAAUCGAUAAAUAUUGUCCUUAACGAAGGAAAAUAAGUUCUAUAGUUUUUCACUUGUUUAGGGUGGAUUUAAGGGACUUUAGGGUGGAUUUGACUGAAUCUCCUGUAACUCAACAGCCCCCUACCUCUAGACUUUCCCAACCUUUGCAUGUCGGUGCUUGCUUAAAAUAAACCAGGUUAAGAUUUUAACUGUCAAACAGACAUUAUUUAAAGAGUCCUCAGUCCUACUUGUCAACUUAGCUGCUUGUAAACUCUCUUAUCUUGUUUUCAGUGAAGGGCAAUUGGUGUGUAUUUAGUUGGUGACGGUCAGUUGCAAUUGGCUUUCAGUAUAGCCACCUCGGUAAUACGCACACUUCGUUAUUACCGCCACUUGUUCUGGCCCGUCAUACAUUUUCUUGUAAAAAAAAAANACUAACUCGAAAUUUUGUAUGUUACAUCUUUUUUCGUGUAGGUGGAACAGUUUGUGAAUUUCAAAAGUUCCGUUGUAGCUGAUCUACGUUACAGUUAGUUUUUGUAUUUUCAGCACGAUAGAUAUUUAUUUUAAUGUUCACUGAUAUUUCUAUUGUCCGCUUAACUACAUGCAUCAUUUACAAAUUCAUUUUAUCCACUGUGAUUGCAAAGUAUCCGUUUUCAUAAAAACACAAUUUAUUUAAAUGGCUACAUGCUGAGAUUCAUUUUCUAGUGGGGCGAAAAUAAAGACUGCAACCAAUAUAAUUUUUUCCCCUUCGUCAGUUCUAGAUUUCCGUACUUUCAUUAUUCAUGUGAUUCUCUCUCUCUGUCGCUUUUCGUUUAAUCCCAAAAUUUCGUGACACGAUAACCUUAUCUUGGCAUCUUUAAUUAUCAGAAUAUUUAUCAUUUUUUCUUAAAGCUUGUAUGAUAAUGUAAAAGCAAAAUCUGCUCUCUUGCUUCCGUAAAUGCCCUUCUUCAUUCUCUUUCCAACUAGCUUUUUCCAUCAAAUGUUUUCAUACGAGGUAAAAUGUUUCGUUUUUAGGAAAUAUCAUUUAAAAUAGUAAAAAGGAAAAUCGAACAGAUAUGAUGUGCCUGAAACAUAAAUUUAGCUUUAGCUUAUCUUGUACAUCCGGUAGCAACCACUUUAUUAUUAUUACUUUACUUCACUUUAUUAUUCGUUUUGUCUGCACUGCAACAGCUAGGGUUCCCUUUUACUCAGAAAGAGAAGGCUGCGGAAUCUUAAACCCCCAUUACUUUGUCAAGUGAGUUUUUGUUAAAACGUUUUCCCUCCAGUUGGUGGUAUAAAUCGAUAAAUAUUGUCCUUAACGAAGGAAAAUAAGUUCUAUAGUUUUUCACUUGUUUAGGGUGGAUUUAAGGGACUUUAGGGUGGAUUUGACUGAAUCUCCUGUAACUCAACAGCCCCCUACCUCUAGACUUUCCCAACCUUUGCAUGUCGGUGCUUGCUUAAAAUAAACCAGGUUAAGAUUUUAACUGUCAAACAGACAUUAUUUAAAGAGUCCUCAGUCCUACUUGUCAACUUAGCUGCUUGUAAACUCUCUUAUCUUGUUUUCAGUGAAGGGCAAUUGGUGUGUAUUUAGUUGGUGACGGUCAGUUGCAAUUGGCUUUCAGUAUAGCCACCUCGGUAAUACGCACACUUCGUUAUUACCGCCACUUGUUCUGGCCCGUCAUACAUUUUCUUGUAAAAAAAAAAACCUUGUUAACGCGGUAAUCCGUUAUCACGGCCACCGGCCACAUUAUAGAAACCCAAACAGAAGAAUCUUCUCAUCAAACAGCCGAUUUGUGUUUUCUUCAGUCAAAGGAUUGUGUUUUCUUCAGUCAAGACUGACACAGCAGAUUUCUUUCAAAAUCGUGAAUAGUAUUGCACUAUGAUGUGCAUGUAAAAAAAGACAAAGAGCCCAGGACUUCCGUUUUCAGAAGCACAUAGGAUGGGCUAGUGAGCUAUUUGUCGUCAAGUUAACUCUUCGGCUUAAACCGGGUGCUAAAAAAACUAGCGUUGCUCCCUUUUUAAUUUACUUUUUCGCGAUUAUUCCAACUCAUUCAUGUGAAAUUAGUUGUAGCUGAAAAGAGGGCGAAUCCGAAGAGGGGAGGAUUACAUUAGCGCUCAGAUAGAAUGGAUGGAGAAAAUUUAUCGGCUUAGUUGGCGUUCACGUUCAAUAUGGAACUAGGAAAAAAUGGUCACGGGAAGGAAGAGUACCGGAGUUGCGGGUAAAAAGUUGUUGUUCUGCCCAUUAAGAGACCUGCUUGUUUGAGCUGCUCGUUAAUGUCUUCGUCGUUACUGGUUAACUUCCUGUUGAUUAUGGUACGUGGUGAUUCUCGCUCCCUGGCAAGGUUCAUAUCAGAGUUUGCUGCUAUUCUCGGUCCUGUCACAGCUCCCAAAUAAUUCUCAUGUGGGUGACUUGAUAUAAUUUCCCUUUUUUAUCAGUAUGAGGUGCGAGGUUAUCUCUUGCCCCAAACCAUCAGAAAGGAUUUUUGUCACCUGCAAAUAUCAUGACUCUCAUAGGUCAUGUCUAUUUUCAGUAAGUUAAACAUUUAAUAUGAUAAUGUUAAAUAGAACUCAAAGUUAUCAGAGUUAACAUUGUAUUUUAAUAAUCUGACAGCCUGUUUUUUACGGUGGCCCAAAAGUGUCAUGGCAAUUUCAAUUUGUUCCCAGCAAUUUCAAUUUACUCACGGCAAUUUCAAUUUUACUGACAGCAAUUUCAAUUUUGUUCACCGCGAUUUCAAUUUAAUCAAGGCAAUUUCAAUUUUACUCACGACAAUUUCAAUUUGUUCGCGGCAAUUUCAACUUACAGCAAUUUCAAUUUGCUCACUGCAAUUUCAACUUACUCACGGCAAUUUCAAUUUGUUCACGGCAAUUUCAACUUACUCACGGCAAUUUCAAUUUGCUCACGGCAUUUUUCACUUCGCUCACCACUUGCCUUAGUGUCAGCUGCGGCGGCCGACAGUGGCCACCAAAAGUCAAAACGCAAAAUCAAGAGUCGAUAUUUAAAGUCGAUCUUCAAAGUGAAAAGUGACAAUCAAAAAUGAAAAGUCGAUUCACGAAAACUUAUGCCAGCAGACAUUGAGUAGAGAACCGAAGAGUUUACUAGUCCCACAAAAUUAUAAGCUUCCUCAAACACUCAUCUGGUGGCCUGUUAAUAUUUACUGCACAGCAUCUCCAAAUGGUGCAAUCCGUCACAUUAAUCCCGAAGCAUUUAAGCUACUUCUAAGUCUUGUUUACUGAUGUUAUUGAUGGCAGUGUUCAUAUUUUUGCUAAGAAAAAGCAAAAAUGGUAUAGCCAUACGAAGGAACAUGCUAUUUAUGGACCCGGUCUGCGAUUCGUUUUUUGUUUUACUGAUGAGAACGGUUCGGUCUCAGACCGGCACGAAAGUAACUCGCGUCGGGUUAGCGACCAAGAUGAAGUCAGACCAGUCUGAGUUCAUUUUUAGGUCUAUGAAAUGUAUGGAGACCGAUACGAACUCAUACCCAUUGGUCUGAUUCCCGAUCUCAGCACAGUUCUUUCCUUUCCCGCACGUGCAAAAUGAAAUGAAAUACAAUUCAAGUGGCGAAAGGUUAAUAUGAUAAGUAAGACUUUAAGGUUGACAUGUUUGGGUGAUAACUUUUCUUUGUAAGGUGAAUGUCGUCAUUACGUUAGGUGCAACUUCCGCUUUCCUUCAUGAUGUAAUCAGACAUACAAUUGUAGCAAAUAGAACACGGAAAAGAUUACCAAAAACGGCAAAGAGUAAAGAAAUCACGAUUUUUGUCGCCAACACUUUUUUCAUAUUAGCGUAGUUGAAUACAUAAGUUGAGAUUAGUUGAUAUAAACUUUUCAGGGAAGUAAAAUACUAUCGUACGUCAACCAGCCUGCGUUGCAGCCGGCCUAUGAAUCGUCUAGACUAUUUGUAUAUACCGUCUGCGAAUUAGAGCACAAAAGCUUGUUUUGAUAUCCAUCGGAGUCGCAAAGACAUAUGUGAGCAUUUGUGAUAGGCAGGUUUCUUACGGGUGUCUCACGCGCCUCACGAUUGACCCAAUUCUUACGCGUGCGUGACGGUUGGGUGCAGUGACAUGUCAAAAUUCACAGAAUGGAGUUGGCAAGGAGUUUUUCAUACGGUGAACAAUGAAAGAGCAGUUCGAACUUAAAAGCUUCUUCUGCACUAAAAGAAAUGCGUUGAGAGUAUUCCCUCAAGGCCAAAAUGUGUUCGUAAAUUGCCGACUGGUUUUCUGGGGUCUUCCAAUCGCUGCAGAUACACUGCCGCGUAUUCUGCAAUCUAGCCGACAGUUCUAGCGUCAAAGUAAAUCAGGAUAUCAUAAUAUUCACAGCCAAAACAAAAAACUAUACACACGUAGCUAUUCAGGUCCAGACAUUUCGGAGAAAACCAAACUGAGAAACUGACCAGCUUCCAAAAUGUGAGACUGGAAAAUAAAAUGAUACUUUGCUCAGUCAAAAUUUAGAAUACUCCAUGCAUUGCAUAAUGUGCACUUAAGAGAGUAAGCAAGAAAAACCUCUGUUGUCCAAGCUGACUCUAAGGUCACGUUUCACACCAUUCUCUCUUGUCACUAGCCAUGGGUCAUGUUUGGCCUGUCAACACUUUAUUUCAAAUCGAACUAAACACACACUGCAUAAGAAACUAGCCAAUCAAAUGUCCUUGCGACUCUGCGGGAUUCGAACUCGAUAUUGUGUACUAAUUCGCAGACGCUCUAUACAGAAGGUUUAGGGUGUCUGCGAUGCAGGUUACCGUCAACUUAUCCUAGUUAAUUGGGAAAAAGUAAAAGUACAAAGUUGAUUUCUUGUCAUAUAUGUCAUUAGACCAUUUACACUGCAUUACAUUAGAGGACUUGCCAUUCACUUAUUACAAAAUUGCAAAGAGUAUUACAACAAAAUUUUGAUACAGGUGUUGGUUACAAACUGCGACAAGUUUAUUAACCAAUGCACGUUUGGCAGAAAUAAUUUUCAUUUAACGAGAAGUCAUUUCCAUUGAACCUUAGAGUGGAAAACUUUGGAUUUUUUUUAUAUCCAGAUAAAUAUCGAUUCGGAUAACAAUAACACAGCAUGGAGACACAUCUAAAAGUAUGUUAAUUUAUAGGAAAAAUUUUUAUUGUUUAACAUUAAGGUAGAAAUGGGGUUUUUGGCAUUCCUCGCAGUACCGGUCUUUUCACACUAUUUUUACCAACUCAGCGACCAAGGUAACGAACACUAAAAACAUUUUUUUUUUCGCUAGGUUUCGAAAUAGCUUGUAAUGGUGAAAUAUUAGGCGUAAAAAUCUUUUGGAACAAAUGAACUUGAAUCGAGCACUCCUUUGAAUCGGUUCUUCAGGCACGGCCUUUAAAUUAUAUAAAUUUCACAUAUUCAUCCAUACUUAAUGUAGUAAGCUAGUAGUUGUGGAGGUGACUUAAGAGCACGUUACCAACUUCUUCAUUGCUGAUAAAGUGUACGGGAAUGUUUUCAUUUAAAAAUUAUUUUGUUGUGUUACCGAGAAAAUAAAGGAGAACCUUUUUGUGGAUCGAUGUUAAAUUGUUAUAGUUAAAGUUGUUGGCAUAUCUUCCUUCUUUAGUUUUUCUGUUCCUUUUAUCACCUGUCAUAUAAUUUAUCACUGAUUUUUUCCUUUUGCAGCGAAAAAGCGUGUAGGAAAAUUUGCUGAUAACUGAUAAGAGAGAUAAAUGUUACAAGGCAAACAUCAGACUGAGACUAAAACAAGCAUCCAUGUUGUCGCCAUGUUAUCCAUUCGGUUCCUUUAGAUAAAAAGACGACGACGUCUUCGUCUACAGGAACUUGAUCUUCUCAAAACAAAAUGCAGUACUCGCCUGAGCCAGCUUUAUUUUGGUGGGAAAACAUGAUAGCCGUCGGCAUUUUACUACGGGUUUGUUGGGAAAUUUUGAUUUUUUGCCCUCGUUCAAUUAAAAGCAACUUUCUAACUUUUCUGGUGAAAAGAAGUAUAAUUGAACCUUUCCAGGGCGUCGCCUUCUUGAGAGUACGCGAAAAAAGUUAGUUAAAUCUCGUCUUCGUUGUCGUCGUCGUCCUGGAAUCUAAAGGACUCUAUUGAUAUGCCGCCGCAAUAAGAGACGUAUAAUUGGCUUUUGAAACAAAGAGUUUGUGAUUCAAUGAUCGUAACAACUUAUGUUUACUUAAACAAUUCAUUUCAGAAACUCUCCGUCUAAGUUACUUUCAAACUAAAGCUGCAAAGGCUUCAUUGAAAUGGUUUGAAAUUAAUAUUUUCGUCACAUGACUUAAAGCGAUAACGAAAUUGGAGCAAAUAAGGAUAAAAGACCUCGUAUUAAAUUUAGAGUAGUUUGCCGAAAAUUAAAGCCGAUUAUCUAGAUCCUGAGUCGUCUAAUAGGAUUAAAGGGCGUACUAUUGAGUGGGCACUGAAGAACUGAAUAUGGAAAUUUAAGUUAAUUUACUUUAGUUGCGAAAUGAGGAAAAAAAAUGUUGUGUGUAACUAACACUAAUCGGUGUCCAUUCGAGUGUGGUAGGAAAUACAAGACAACACAAAAACAAAUAAUGCUGGCACCUCUUUUUUUAGGUUAAUAUGAAGAGCGGAAAUUUUGUUGGAAAUUGAUGAUAUCAUUUAAUUACUUUCGGCAUAUUCAGAAUAACGUGAUUUACUUGUUUUAUGUGAAUUCGACCAUUACUGUUUUUGAAAUAACCACAAGACAUUGCUGUAUGUUCGACUUCUGUUCAGAGAACUCUGAUUUUGUCCUUUACCAAUCCUUAAAAGAUAGCUAAUUGAGCAUUGGAUAUCCUGGGAAAUAAUACAGGAAACCUUAUCAGCCCGUUCGUUAAGAUUAUCCUUUUUCUGGUGUUGAUCAAUUUAAGCCUUUAUUUCUUGCUAUCGUACAUGUAAAAUAAUCUAAUAAAACAAUGUAGCACGUACUAGAACUAGAAUUGAUUUGAAACAAUUUCCUUCACGUGACAUGCAGGGGUAACAUGUGCAACAUAGUAAGCAUGAUCCGAAUCGUUCAAUUUGGGAUGAAUAUAUUUCUGUGGCUUCUGUGGAUUUUUUGUUAUAUAUUUUUUUAAGUUUUCCAGAUGUGCAUGUUCACAAGUAGUCUUUACAUUAGAUGUUCAUCCUAAUUAGCUUUCUAAUAUUUCUGCCAGCCUGCCCCGUACCUUCUCUAAGGCCGAAUUCAAAUUCCUGGGCUGACUUUUAAGUUACACGAUUUUACAGAGUAUAAGGUGGAUAGUAUGCCUACUGAAUAUUUAUGAGCUUUUGAAGAAACCACAGAAACCCAGAGCCGGAGUCAGUAUGUACGAUAGGCAGGGAAAGCCUCUUUUUCAAAAUAUCGGACACAUUUAUGCAAGUUUUUCAUGAAUUCAAUAAAAAUGCUUUUCAUUUACAGAGGCAAAUCCGGCACCGAAGAGCACUGCAAUGUUCAUGAGCAACCGCAAACCACGGAUAUGUAAAAAUUACUCAAUCUUCCUUUGUUUUAGUCAACUGCUGCGCCCAUUAGACGAUGUUUUUGAGUACAGUGCUGACGAGGGAAGGAAAUGAUUCCUAAAAUUCGGCACAAAUUGACCGCAAGCUGAAUGGACUAACAGCAGGGUCCACAAUAUUUUUUGUCUGCGGCUUUUAGUAACCUGUUCGAUAUCCGUCUCAAAGUCUUUUUCAGUUUUAAAACACUUUUACCAGCCCGGCUUCGGUGGGAAACUCUUGUCUAUUCCUCUUCAAGUGUUAUUGGUGGCAUACGAUAGGAUUGUUUCAAUUUUUAUUCCCGUUUGGAGUUUCUGUUGUUAUACAUUUUCGUGGAUAAAGAAAAAAAAAACCACAAGACAUAAAAAUAUGACUAUUCGUGUAUACUUCGAGUACUGCCAUGAACUUGAAACAAAUCCCUUUUUAGCCCAAAUAUAAACGAACAACAGAUCGUUCCAGCGUAACGGCUGUUGAUUGAACCCAUGAAGCCGGUUAUAAGGAUCCAUCAGCAUGCGUAUUAUACCUAGUAGUUUAAUUCGCGCUUGUGCGUAGUGCCACGAUUUGUGAUCUUGUCUUCAUAAGCCUUUUCAGCGGACUUAAACAAAAUACAUGUGCAGUAAAAUACAUGUGCACUUGUCACGUGUAUGCGUGAAUAGUGCUCGUUUAAAUGCGUGCGCAACCGUGCUGGGGCAAAGCACGUACUUCACAAAAUGCGUGAAAUGUUUAACGAUAUUCCUUUGGGUCGUCCACGUAAUGUUUCCACUCUUUCGUCUAAAAGGAAAAAAGAUACAACGAUUUGAAUGAUUUCACUGUGGCGAAAUGAGAGUUUUUUGGGCAGUGAUUUGGAGCCUUUUUGUCAGUAAAUGCAAACCACGGGAUGUUGUGGAAGCCCGUUCUUCCCUGUCAAAUUUAACAGGUUUUUCGCCAUAAUUGGCGCUAAUCAGAUCUGAUAAAUUACCUUAUAAAACCCUUAAUAUUUAGCGCAUUAACAUUGACCGCACUAUUUUCUUUUCAGCAAAUUGUCGCAGACCUCUCGGGAUGGCGAGUGGGGAAAUCCGAAACGAACAAAUCACAGUCUCGUCGGCAUUCAACAACGACUACUCGACGUUCGGUGCGCAUCGCGCACGUUUAAAUCUCACCAGCUGGCCGCCAGGGUAUCGAGCCGAUUCGAAACAAGACACUGGAUGGAUAAAAGUAGAAUUGGAGAAGAAAAUGGUGAUAACUGCCAUUGCUACCCAGGGUUACGGGGAUUCUAGCGUAGAAGAGUGGAUUUCACGAUAUAUGGUUAUGUUCUCCAAUGGAGGAGACUUUAUGUAUUUCAAAGAUCUGGACGGUAAUCUUCAGGUAUGUUUCGUCUUGUACCGUUUACCGAUAAACAGUACGUGUACUGUUUUUUAGUUUUCUACUCACAUUUUGAUUAAGACGACCUAAACGGCUCACCUUUACCGAAUCUGUGAGCGUUGAUUGUUUGCCUCUUUGCGUGUUGAUAUAAGGGUAGAUAAUCAGAUAUCGUUCAUCACUUUGGCUUUAUACGGAUACAUGAAUUAAAUGCCGUACUUCAUCACGUGCUUAUUUUAUAUGUAUAUAUGUAUUGAAAAAAUGCUCCUAUUUUUAUAUAACGCUGUAAGUUUAUUCUAUCUCAUUGUAUUGAUAAAAUAACGAUAAAUUUCUUCUGAUUUAUAACCUAAAUUUAAAAGGCUGGACGGUACUUUAUCUGACAUAUUAUGUCAUGUUUUGUACCAGUAAUCAUUUCACUCACAAUUGCCGCGAUUAGGGUUGUCCAAGAUUUGAAGAUUUUAUUCUCUUUACUCUGAAAACCGUAGAAGUGGAGCCUUUUUAUUUGAUAUUUUUGUUUGCUUAAACAAUUCUUGGAGACUGUAGUUUGCAAACUUGCACUUUUACGAAAAAAUUAUUUUGGCUUUGUACGACACAAUAGAAACUUGCUGUCAACAUAACGAAGUUAAUAUUUAAUGCACUGGUUGGAAAAUCCUCUGCCGCAUCUUAUUUGAAAAGAAAGCAAAUGAUAAAUUAAAAAAAAUAAUGCAAUUACUGUUAAAAUUUCCAUAAGUUCUGGAAAUAUUUCUGCUGUGUUUAUUAAAACGCCCGUCAUUGUGCGUUGUUUAAGAGUAAGGCGGUGAAUGGAGCUAGACAAAUGAAUUUUGAAUUGUUUCGUCUUUCAUGUCAGCCUGCGGUGAAAUUGUGAUUUAGAUCCAACUAAUGUAAUUUUCGAACCAUCCAGAAUAGUUCCAAUGUUGUUAUUUUAAAUGACCGUAGCAAAAUAUUCUUGUAAACCAGACAGUUUAACUCGUACAUGGAAUCUUGUAUUAAUUAUUUGAUACCCCUGGUGAAUAUUGACGUCGGAUAAUGUUCAAAACUGACGAGUUCGCAGUGACCCUUGGUUUCGGCAUUUGUGUUGUUCGUUUGUAAACAAUUCUUUUGUUUUGUACUGGUACUUAACAAAAAAUAAAAAUACGGGAAGGCUUGAAGGCGGUUUUUUAAAUUUUCCUUUAUUAAAAAAUUUUUUUUUUUGCAUGGGUCCAACUGUGUAACUCAUGCCGAGUUUAGCUGGUGAGCACCAAGCAACUUUUUCCCGCGCUUUGACGUGUCACGAAAAUUGUAUCAAUAUACCUUCGGAAGGUUCAUUACAGAGAAUAAUACCCCUAUUUGAGGAACACCCUUCACAGCGAAAACGUUACUCCUUAUCACCAUCGGCAGAAAGAUAAUUUAAAAGUAAAUAAACUCUUUUCGAUGGCAUUUGUUUACAUCACGUUAAUCCGUUAGCACCUUACAGAGCUAUCGCCCUUUCAUACCAGGCAAACGUCAAUUCUUUUUAAACCACGUUUUUGUGGUGAGUAGAUUAUUUUCGUUAUGCUAUUGUUUUUGUAAAUCACCACCGAGAUUAAUUACAGUAUUAGUUACAACUGCUCACUAAACAUUAAAUUCGGUAACAGAAAUUAAAAUUGCUGAAGAAAAACCUACCAUGUUUUUAACUUACACAGUUAGCCUAUUGUAGUUUUAUUUAACGAUGUACUCUUUUUGAUUCACAUUACAUUUCAGAUCAUCAUUUUUACUUUCCAUUGGUAUAACUGUGUUCUUUGUGCAAUUCAUUUGUACUUUACAUUGAGUACAUGCAUUUAAGCCAUUCAUUUUUUUAUUGCAAAAAAGAGCGGAAUGUUCUAACAGUGAUUCAGAUCGCAAAAUGUGAUCAUGAAGAGAGGAAAUGAAACUUUAAAUUUGCAAAUCGUGUCAAAUAAAUAUUAGCUGCCUUCCUGUUGCUAUUGUAAGAGAAGCUUUUAAACAACUGACUUCAAACCCCUCUUUUUGACUUAAAGAAAACGUUUCCAUGAGAGAACUGUUGAAACGAGCUUAAUCGAAUGGCUACGCCACUUAGUUUCGUCUACCGAGCAAAAUGAAAGCUGUAAUUAUAUUGAUAUGAAAAACAUGACUCAAUUGCCUUUCUAACACUUAUGAUUUCAUUUAAAACCCAAACAAAUGUAGUGAUAGCGGUAUUUUAUUUUCUAACAAAAUCGAAGUUGAGGAAAAAAUGGGUUGAAGUAUUAGUUCGGCUAAACAGAAAAAAAAAAAAAACAAAGAAGCUAGAUUUAUCUGAUAAAGAAUUAAAAAUUGUGGUUUAUGAUGAAGUAAUUUAGAACAGAUUUCCAACGACACGGUUUUAUUUUUGCAAAGUACAAACUGAAACCUUUAGGAAAAUUUAAAGGAAUGAUCGAUUUUCUUUUUGUACGGUGAAUUUUCACCAUUUUAGUUUUCCAAACCAAGAAAAAAAAAUUGAAUAGUAAACAGCUUAAUGAGCAUCUUGUCUAAAUAAAGAAGGUCAUACUUAGAAGGAGGAAAUGGAGUACGACCAAAGAGGUUUUUUUUAUUAGGAUAUUCGCGAAAGAGGAAUCUCGUCGAACCUAAAUUCGUGUUUCGAAUGUGUCAAGUCGUGAACAUUCCAGCUGUUAAUAAGUAAGCUUAAGAAGUGAGGCUGUACGGUAAGGCUGAGACCUCUGUCCAAAGAACUUUCUUAACUCUCGCUAAAUUAAGGAGACUCACUCUUUAAAGUAGACUUUUUGUCUCACUAAGAGUUUUAGACGUCACAAGAGUUUUAUCCUUUCUUUCCUCUGUGUUUUCACUGUUACGCCGUCAAAAAUAAAAAUGCAAACCAGUCAAUACAGAAAGUCCAGAAUCUGGAAAAUGAAGAAAAUAAAUAUACAAAAAGCCUCGCUAAGAAUCGGGUCUGUGCGAGAUAUUCGGAAAAACGUUUUACCCAAAUUUGUAAAGGUUUGGAAAUGCCAUGUUGGUGUACGUCCCUUUGAGAGGCACAAAUAUGGCCGCCGGAAACCAACAGAAACAUCUUUUCCUACUUAUGCGUGAAUUCAUCAGUUGAGGAACUCAUAAAGGUUUAAGUAAUAUUUUCUCUAAGACAAGGAAUGUUUAGAUAGCAAAAUCUCAAAAAAUCAGUGACGUUUUUGAUCCACAUAAGAGCUUUCCCGGCUGCGAGCUAAAUGCCGUGUCACGUAAAAGCCUGGAAAUUCAAACGUCUUCUAUCGCAAAACGAAGAAUCUUGUGGAACCGAAAAUUUGCGUAAUCAUAGGUUUUUAGGUGCUGUAAUACCUCAUGAAGGUAGAAACUCAGAAGAAUCGAUAGUUCAGUUCUUAGUUUGAAUUUUAGUUACGUCAUGUGAAAACCCCUAAUAGGAAUGAACAAAGUCUUAGGACGGGCGACACCUUUGUAAAGAGUACUGCACCACUGUAGGGUGGGUGGGUGUUAGCAAUUUUAGCGGGGCGUUUAACACUUCUAACCUUGGAAGUUUCGGCUCAAGCCUUAUCAUAAUGUUGCUUUCUAAAAUAAGUUGCCUUGUUUUGCGUCUUCACCUCGUUUAGCUCACUGUGUUAUGGGUUAGAAAGGGUCUUUUAAUAAAGGCCAGAGUGGAUUUUUUUUUUCAGACUUUCACUCACUACAUUGUUGUCUGUUUUGUAUCCACAGACUUUUCCUGGGAACAGAGACAGCUAUUCCAUUCAACGAAACGAAGUUGCAUUACCCGUUGUUGCAAAUUCAAUCAUGAUCAUGGAAAUGUCUCGACAUAAUAACUUUGCUAUGCGGAUGGAAUUAUACGGCUGCGAGCCAGGUUAGUCAUAUUUUUUUUAAUCGUCGGUCUAAAGAUUUUGUCUUGAUAAAGAUUUGGCUGGGGUUGCAUCACAUACUAAUAUAGGGGACAUAUCAAGUGCAGAUGUCCGGAGUUUGCCACUCUAAUGUGACCGAGUGUAGCAGUUAACGACCAACAUGUACUCGGUCGAACAAAAACAAAACAAAAAAAAAUCGCUCUAGGGUUGAGUUUGCUUUUUCCAUUUUCACAAGUUUGUGAUUGAAUAGAUUAUUCAACUUUUGCUAUGGGUUUCAGGGGUCACUUAAAAGAGAAAAAGAAAUUGAAGAUCUCCUUAUAGUAAAUCGCCGGUUUUUACAGUUCAUGCUGAUUUUUUUGCCCCGCUAAUCCUCUGGAUUAGUAGCGGGUAAGAAAGAUGCGGUUUGUACGAAAACUUGUUAUUAUUUACUUAGGCAAUGAAUUUUACUACAGGGCGUCCAGUUUCAAACAGAUUCCUCGAAAUCAUUAUAUAACGAUUGUGUGGGAAUUUAUAAUGAGUUCGAUAAAACUGUAAAAGCGUAAAAAAUAAACAGCUGUUAUAGUGCACUAAUCUCUUAAAGAGAUGUCUUUGCCCUCGUUUAUAAAACAGCCGAGGUUUAAACCGACAACCUGUGGUUUUCCCGCCACUUCUUUGGAAACAGUUUAGAGGUUUCCCCUGGAUACCCUUGUGAAUAUCGUUUUGUAUGAGUUGAUUUUUCCCCUGUCCAUCCCCGUCUAUGUGGAUUUUGAUCAGGCGGGGUGGCUACUAAGCCAAAAGCGAUUUCGAAGGAAGGCCCAAGGACGAAGGCGCCAUGUUCAAAAUUUCUUUUCUUCAUUUUGUAAUAUUUCUCGUUUUCUUGAGGUCAUGGCACAAUAUAUGGAACUGAUUGACGUUUUUUUAGAGAGGAAAACCUUCAGUUUACGCUCAGGCGAAAAUUUUUGAGCGAUUGGAGCCGCCCGAAGACAGUUCAAAGCUGAAGCGUCUCUUGCAUUCUUCUUAGUAGAUAAAAAAAACCCCAGAUCUUCAAAACUUACUAAAACGGUAUUGAUAAGGUAGGAAACAGUAAGAAACAUCACAAAGAUAUAUCUUUUAAUAGGCAUUUUUAGUGUAAAUUUUGAUGGCCUUUUACCUUGAUUGGUGUUUUAUCUAUCAAGCUCACGACGAAUUCUCAUACUCAUGAUUUGGCUUUGGGGUUUCUGUUAUGAGCGUGGGUACCCUGUGGAAGCGGAAACAAAAGGAGGACAAGUUCAUUGAAACGGGAAAAUAGGCAAAGAAAUUGGUUCCUUCUGUUCCUUCUGAGGCAGCAGUUACGUACAACAAAAGGAACAAUACAGCUAAGCAAUAAAGCCACCAGGGGAGCUCUAUUGUUUGGUUCCUUUGUUUCUUUUGCGAAGACCCUGCUGCAGCAAAUUUAAUCGUACUUUGGACAACCUUGUUUGAAUUUGUUUGGUAAGACCUCCGUACAACCCCUUCAUUAACUAUACAUACACCCAAGGUUCAGAGAAAACAAAAGUCAGAACAAUUUUAAGCCUUUGGAUUUCAGCUAUUUUUGUUUUAAUAAGUUUUAUUUAAACCAGUGGGCCUGAAAAUCGUCUUACACUUUUAACGUCAAAAGUUUCUUCACUUUGUUUACUUACGCUGUGGCUGGUGAUAUAUCUGCUGCUCGUGAUAUGAAGUGCCUUUUUAUACUGAUGUCUUGUUUUGCUUGACAGGUUAUUAUUUUGUUGUUUGGCUGAUGAUGACGGAUUACAUUUUUAAAACCGAUUACCUGGAUAGUGAAACAGCUGACUACCAGCUUAUGACAAAAUACGUGGUGUAUGAGGUGAAUUGAAUUGUUUAUUUGUUUUAUUCACUUCUUGGUUUGAUUUGAACAUCAUGAUUGAGCAUAUUAACAAUAUGAAAUCGCUCCAGUUUUUGCUUUGACCAUGACUUGCCCUUGCUGUUGCAAUGUCAGUAACUUUCAGUCUAUUCUUGACUAGACUGACACGAAUGAUCAUAUAUGGCUGCUUGGUUCAGAUCUUUUUGAGAGAUGUUGUUUUUUUACCUCACAAAAAGGAAAGAAAGGGUAGAAAUUGAGACCUUUUUUAUAACUGCAAAAUUAAUGCUUGCAUUUAGUCCUGUCUGGAGUCUAUUCGUUUCGGUAGUAAAACAGAAUCUAGCAAAACAGAACAAUAACGUUCGAAAUGAUUAAAACGUCAUGCUGAUUAUGUAUGAAUAUAUCUUUAUUUUUAUUAUUUUAGACUAAAGCUGCUCUGAAAAGUUCUCCCGGAUUUCUUUCCGCAAAACUAGUUCGGUUCACGUAAGUGUUUGAAUAUUUUCACCUACACUGUAUGUUAGCUUAGCUUUUCGUUGGUCUCACGAUGGUCACUUUAUUGGCCUGACUUAAUUCGCUGACUGCUAGUACGCCUGGUUGUUGAUUGGAAAUCUGGGUCGGUGCUUGAUGGUUUAGACUGUGUUUUUUUCCUCUAUACUUUAUCUCUGGCACACGAAAUGUCUAUAUAGUGUUGUAACAUAGCGCGCGUACUUGCCCCGUAUGAGUCCUAUUGAGCCGCUAUAAACAAUGAACAAAAUCUCUUUUUUCGCACGCCCCUGCGUAAAUACAGAUUUUUUUAAUUAUGACGUGUCCAGUCGUGUUUUUCGUCUCUUUUCCUAAGUACUAAGUACCCAAAAAUCUACGGCAAUGAUGAAAACCUUUCUAGCAUUUUUGGAAAUUAGCUUCUAGCCACUCAAACCAACAGCAAAAGCGGUGAAGAUGUUUCGCAAAUAAUAGAGCCUGAGUCGUUGAAAAUUAAGUCUCCCGUAAAGAAUAAUCCAGGGGCUUAGCUAGAAAAUAGUGCGAUUUUGAUACAAGCGCCAAACUUUGUAGGAAUCUUUACAGUCCCAGGCUUGUCAUUUCCUGAUAUAGUGUCAACCUCAAUUUUUAGCUCAUGGAUGACGUAGUCAUGCCAUGGGCUUUUGGAGGCACUCGAAUGGCACUCGAUCACUCACUCACUCACUCACUCACUCACUCACUCACUCACUCACUCACUCACUCACUCACUCACUCAUACGUAAAAGCCUGGAAAUUCAAACGUCUUCUAUCGCAAAACGAAGAAUCUUGUGGAACCGAAAAUUUGCGUAAUCAUAGGUUUUUAGGUGCUGUAAUACCUCAUGAAGGUAGAAACUCAGAAGAAUCGAUAGUUCAGUUCUUAGUUUGAAUUUUAGUUACGUCAUGUGAAAACCCCUAAUAGGAAUGAACAAAGUCUUAGGACGGGCGACACCUUUGUAAAGAGUACUGCACCACUGUAGGGUGGGUGGGUGUUAGCAAUUUUAGCGGGGCGUUUAACACUUCUAACCUUGGAAGUUUCGGCUCAAGCCUUAUCAUAAUGUUGCUUUCUAAAAUAAGUUGCCUUGUUUUGCGUCUUCACCUCGUUUAGCUCACUGUGUUAUGGGUUAGAAAGGGUCUUUUAAUAAAGGCCAGAGUGGAUUUUUUUUUUCAGACUUUCACUCACUACAUUGUUGUCUGUUUUGUAUCCACAGACUUUUCCUGGGAACAGAGACAGCUAUUCCAUUCAACGAAACGAAGUUGCAUUACCCGUUGUUGCAAAUUCAAUCAUGAUCAUGGAAAUGUCUCGACAUAAUAACUUUGCUAUGCGGAUGGAAUUAUACGGCUGCGAGCCAGGUUAGUCAUAUUUUUUUUAAUCGUCGGUCUAAAGAUUUUGUCUUGAUAAAGAUUUGGCUGGGGUUGCAUCACAUACUAAUAUAGGGGACAUAUCAAGUGCAGAUGUCCGGAGUUUGCCACUCUAAUGUGACCGAGUGUAGCAGUUAACGACCAACAUGUACUCGGUCGAACAAAAACAAAACAAAAAAAAAUCGCUCUAGGGUUGAGUUUGCUUUUUCCAUUUUCACAAGUUUGUGAUUGAAUAGAUUAUUCAACUUUUGCUAUGGGUUUCAGGGGUCACUUAAAAGAGAAAAAGAAAUUGAAGAUCUCCUUAUAGUAAAUCGCCGGUUUUUACAGUUCAUGCUGAUUUUUUUGCCCCGCUAAUCCUCUGGAUUAGUAGCGGGUAAGAAAGAUGCGGUUUGUACGAAAACUUGUUAUUAUUUACUUAGGCAAUGAAUUUUACUACAGGGCGUCCAGUUUCAAACAGAUUCCUCGAAAUCAUUAUAUAACGAUUGUGUGGGAAUUUAUAAUGAGUUCGAUAAAACUGUAAAAGCGUAAAAAAUAAACAGCUGUUAUAGUGCACUAAUCUCUUAAAGAGAUGUCUUUGCCCUCGUUUAUAAAACAGCCGAGGUUUAAACCGACAACCUGUGGUUUUCCCGCCACUUCUUUGGAAACAGUUUAGAGGUUUCCCCUGGAUACCCUUGUGAAUAUCGUUUUGUAUGAGUUGAUUUUUCCCCUGUCCAUCCCCGUCUAUGUGGAUUUUGAUCAGGCGGGGUGGCUACUAAGCCAAAAGCGAUUUCGAAGGAAGGCCCAAGGACGAAGGCGCCAUGUUCAAAAUUUCUUUUCUUCAUUUUGUAAUAUUUCUCGUUUUCUUGAGGUCAUGGCACAAUAUAUGGAACUGAUUGACGUUUUUUUAGAGAGGAAAACCUUCAGUUUACGCUCAGGCGAAAAUUUUUGAGUGAUUGGAGCCGCCCGAAGACAGUUCAAAGCUGAAGCGUCUCUUGCAUUCUUCUUAGUAGAUAAAAAAAACCCCAGAUCUUCAAAACUUACUAAAACGGUAUUGAUAAGGUAGGAAACAGUAAGAAACAUCACAAAGAUAUAUCUUUUAAUAGGCAUUUUUAGUGUAAAUUUUGAUGGCCUUUUACCUUGAUUGGUGUUUUAUCUAUCAAGCUCACGACGAAUUCUCAUACUCAUGAUUUGGCUUUGGGGUUUCUGUUAUGAGCGUGGGUACCCUGUGGAAGCGGAAACAAAAGGAGGACAAGUUCAUUGAAACGGGAAAAUAGGCAAAGAAAUUGGUUCCUUCUGUUCCUUCUGAGGCAGCAGUUACGUACAACAAAAGGAACAAUACAGCUAAGCAAUAAAGCCACCAGGGGAGCUCUAUUGUUUGGUUCCUUUGUUUCUUUUGCGAAGACCCUGCUGCAGCAAAUUUAAUCGUACUUUGGACAACCUUGUUUGAAUUUGUUUGGUAAGACCUCCGUACAACCCCUUCAUUAACUAUACAUACACCCAAGGUUCAGAGAAAACAAAAGUCAGAACAAUUUUAAGCCUUUGGAUUUCAGCUAUUUUUGUUUUAAUAAGUUUUAUUUAAACCAGUGGGCCUGAAAAUCGUCUUACACUUUUAACGUCAAAAGUUUCUUCACUUUGUUUACUUACGCUGUGGCUGGUGAUAUAUCUGCUGCUCGUGAUAUGAAGUGCCUUUUUAUACUGAUGUCUUGUUUUGCUUGACAGGUUAUUAUUUUGUUGUUUGGCUGAUGAUGACGGAUUACAUUUUUAAAACCGAUUACCUGGAUAGUGAAACAGCUGACUACCAGCUUAUGACAAAAUACGUGGUGUAUGAGGUGAAUUGAAUUGUUUAUUUGUUUUAUUCACUUCUUGGUUUGAUUUGAACAUCAUGAUUGAGCAUAUUAACAAUAUGAAAUCGCUCCAGUUUUUGCUUUGACCAUGACUUGCCCUUGCUGUUGCAAUGUCAGUAACUUUCAGUCUAUUCUUGACUAGACUGACACGAAUGAUCAUAUAUGGCUGCUUGGUUCAGAUCUUUUUGAGAGAUGUUGUUUUUUUACCUCACAAAAAGGAAAGAAAGGGUAGAAAUUGAGACCUUUUUUAUAACUGCAAAAUUAAUGCUUGCAUUUAGUCCUGUCUGGAGUCUAUUCGUUUCGGUAGUAAAACAGAAUCUAGCAAAACAGAACAAUAACGUUCGAAAUGAUUAAAACGUCAUGCUGAUUAUGUAUGAAUAUAUCUUUAUUUUUAUUAUUUUAGACUAAAGCUGCUCUGAAAAGUUCUCCCGGAUUUCUUUCCGCAAAACUAGUUCGGUUCACGUAAGUGUUUGAAUAUUUUCACCUACACUGUAUGUUAGCUUAGCUUUUCGUUGGUCUCACGAUGGUCACUUUAUUGGCCUGACUUAAUUCGCUGACUGCUAGUACGCCUGGUUGUUGAUUGGAAAUCUGGGUCGGUGCUUGAUGGUUUAGACUGUGUUUUUUUCCUCUAUACUUUAUCUCUGGCACACGAAAUGUCUAUAUAGUGUUGUAACAUAGCGCGCGUACUUGCCCCGUAUGAGUCCUAUUGAGCCGCUAUAAACAAUGAACAAAAUCUCUUUUUUCGCACGCCCCUGCGUAAAUACAGAUUUUUUUAAUUAUGACGAGUCCAGUCGUGUUUUUCGUCUCUUUUCCUAAGUACUAAGUACCCAAAAAUCUACGGCAAUGAUGAAAACCUUUCUAGCAUUUUGGAAAUUAGCUUCUAGCCACUCAAACCAACAGCAAAAGCGGUGAAGAUGUUUCGCAAAUAAUAGAGCCUGAGUCGUUGAAAAUUAAGUCUCCCGUAAAGAAUAAUCCAGGGGCUUAGCUAGAAAAUAGUGCGAUUUUGAUACAAGCGCCAAACUUUGUAGGAAUCUUUACAGUCCCAGGCUUGUCAUUUCCUGAUAUAGUGUCAACCUCAAUUUUUAGCUCAUGGAUGACGUAGUCAUGCCAUGGGCUUUUGGAGGCACUCGAAUGGCACUCGCUCACUCACUCACUCACUCACUCACUCACUCACUCACUCACUCACUCACUCACUCACUCACUCACUCACUCACUCACUCACUCACUCACUCACUCACUCACUCACUCACUCACUCACUCACUCACUCACUCACUCACUCACUCACUCACUCACUCACUCACUCACUCACUCACUCACUCACUCACUCACUCACUCACUCACUCACUCACUCACUCACUCACUCACUCACUCACUCACUCACUCACUCACUCACUCACUCACUCACUCACUCACUCACUCACUCACUCACUCACUCACUCACUCACUCACUCACUCACUCACUCACUCACUCACUCACUCACUCACUCACUCACUCACUCACUCACUCACUCACUCACUCACUCACUCACUCACUCACUCACUCACUCACUCACUCACUCACUCACUCACUCACUCACUCACUCACUCACUCACUCACUCACUCACUCACUCACUCACUCACUCACUCACUCACUCACUCACUCACUCACUCACUCACUCACUCACUCACUCACUCACUCACUCACUCACUCACUCACUCACUCACUCACUCACUCACUCACUCACUCACUCACUCACUCACUCACUCACUCACUCACUCACUCACUCACUCACUCGAUUCUCAUUAAUUUACUCAUUAAAGUCAGAUUAAGCACGUUACUCCUACCUCCCUUACUUAGUAUUACUUUUUUUCCAAAUGCCUUUUACGUAUAUGUUUGGAAUAUUCUAGAGGGUACUAGUAAGGCGAAUUUUUUUCCCGACACAUCAGUUAUAGAGAUGGGUUUUGUAUAAAUGGAAAUAUUCUAAAGAACACUGAUAAUAUCAUCCGCAAGAAAUGGGCUUAGAAUUGUUAAAAGGACUUUGAAAUAAUUUAGCGUGGAUCAUUGUUGUAUAUAUGGACGAAUUGUGCACAUUUGUUCCCGAUAUUGUACUUGAUAUUGGAGAAGAUGCGAUCAACAGGAGUGUGAAAGAGCUAUUGCAGCCUGACGAUGGGAUUUCGUUCAGCGAAAAGCGAAUAAGCCAAAGAGCCUUAUAAUCGCUGCAAAAAAACGGUCCUCGAAUUGUCAAAGCGACAUUGAGGAGUAUCUAUUGAGGUUUGUUCAGUUAUUUGGACGAAUCCGUUCGACCAUUUGUCUUCGUAUGCAACUGAACAGGGAAUGAAUUAAUGUUGUGUCAACUAGAAGCACAGGUUUUAGAACCAACAAGCGUUACGCUAUUUUGCUUGAAUUCUUAGGUGACCUUUGCCUUAAAGUAGGCUUUUGUUUGUCGGUGAUUCCAUUUAGCAGUGCUAUUAAUGUAAUUUCUACAAGAAAUGCUGCGCUGGUAUAAACAAGUCUCUGGCGAAAGGCAAUCGGAUACUUCGCCUGCGUUUAAAUUACUUGGCUAGGUCAGAGCACGAACUGCUUUGAGCUUAAUCCGUUUUACAUGUAUUAAAAUAAUUUUUAGCUCGUGUUUAUCAAAAGCGCGUUCUAAAGCAGUUCAAUUUAGCCAUAAACGCCUGUAUUCUGUAUUUAAUAUAGCUUGUACUGCAUAUACUAACCGUUACGUACUCAUCAUAUGGAGACAUUUAUUUGAAAGCAUCGCACUUUCAAAACNAGUAGGCUUUUGUUUGUCGGUGAUUCCAUUUAGCAGUGCUAUUAAUGUAAUUUCUACAAGAAAUGCUGCGCUGGUAUAAACAAGUCUCUGGCGAAAGGCAAUCGGAUACUUCGCCUGCGUUUAAAUUACUUGGCUAGGUCAGAGCACGAACUGCUUUGAGCUUAAUCCGUUUUACAUGUAUUAAAAUAAUUUUUAGCUCGUGUUUAUCAAAAGCGCGUUCUAAAGCAGUUCAAUUUAGCCAUAAACGCCUGUAUUCUGUAUUUAAUAUAGCUUGUACUGCAUAUACUAACCGUUACGUACUCAUCAUAUGGAGACAUUUAUUUGAAAGCAUCGCACUUUCAAAACGACGGUUUAAAUAAAACUCAUGUAUGUAAAACUUGGCUAUUUUACAAGAAAGUGCACUGUCGUUCGGAAACUGUUUGACAGUCACAUGAGAAAGCAAAUUAUUUUACAACUAAAAAGCGUUAAUAAUUGCUUUGAAGAGUGAUCUUUGCUUUGUAAGUAGAAAUGCUGCGCUGAUAAAAAGUUUCUAGAAUAUUCAGGUGCACAUGCAAUUGGAUACUUCGAGUCACGCUGUAUUUUGGCAAGUCCGUACACAAUGAACCGUUAAAAAAGAUUUAUAUGUUUUUCUUUGAUUAUUGAACUGUCUUUUCUACACUAAUUCAAUUCAUCCAUGAGCUCGCUCCUAGGAGCCUUUGAUUCAAUUCCAGCUAGUUAGCAGCGAAUGAAAUUUUCAUGCCCGACCCCCCCCCCUUCCCCGCGAAGUUAUUUUUCUUGUUCUGUUUUAGAUUGAAAGUGCCCAUAACGAAUUUUUUUUUCUUUUCUCAUCCAAAUCUACACAUCAAGCAAUGACGUUUCCGUUUAUUUUGAUUCCGACCAAAAGCGAUUUUUUCAAGUCUUCGAAAUUUGCCGCCAUUUUGUUCCACCAUUUGCAUUAAUCUCCUCUCGGUUGGACUGGAGCCGUGACGUUGGUUCAAGAACUCUUAUUCCUCUCAAGCCAAGUGAUUUGGUUGUAUCUUUCUCGAUCAUGGAAAAUAUACCGUGGAAAAUGCCUGAGAGUUGUGUUGCAGCACGUUGCAAAAGGUCGCUGACCCUAAGACGAAUAUAUCGAUGCAUAAGAUUCCGUUCUUUGGCGAGGAAUGCCGGAUAAAGAAGAAAAGAAGAAAGGCAUGGAUCAAUUUUGUGUUGGAGAGGAGAAAGAUGUGGUUGCCGGGGAAGACGUUUUAUUUCAAAAUACACGUACAACAAUACAGAUGUUUAAAUUUGGAUGCGAAUUUUCAUUGUUAAUCUCUCCUCUUCAUAUAUAUAAACGCAGGCCAUAUUUUGGAAUUUAUCUGCCCAUGCUUUUUCUCCCUUUUCUCUUGGUUGAGUUGGUUCGGAUGGUAAAAGUUUGUGCUAUCUCAUUCAAAAUAUGCAUGCGACUCGGUUUAGCAAGAAAAAAAAACAAUCCUACUCAUAUAAAAGAGAAAAUCGUCGGUUAUGCUAAAAAAAAUGAAGUAAGGAAAAGGCUAAUUUGAAGACGAAGGAAACAGGUAGCUGCCUCAAGCAGUUGACUGGUUUCAGUGUGUUAUUUGCCAGAUGGAAGUACCUGAAAACCCUCACUGUCCUGUUAACUGGAAAGGGCACUACUCUUGCUUGUGCUGGAUAUAUUAUUUUUGAAAAAGACUUAACUUCAUUUUAUGAAAUGAAAAAAUGAAAUUUAGCCGUUGACCGCAGGGGAAAUGUUUUGACAUGGAAAUGGAAUUCAGCUUCCAUAUUAUCAAGACGUUUGCUAUGUGGCAAAACUCUCGUCACGAUGCGUUCAACAGGACGAAACCGGAUCGCAUGAUGAAAAGAAAAAUUCCUGUAACUAAUCCACAGCAUCAAACGCACACGGUCAAGAAUGCGUCUGUUUUCGCGGAGAAGAAGGAGACAUUAAAAUGAUAGUCGUUGUAGCUAAUGUAGUAGAAAAUUUUCACUAGUCAAUCAUGAUUCGAAAUUCAGCGCAUUUUUUCGCUCCGUUUUCCCCACUAUCUUGGAGCCUGACCUAGGCUCAUUUGUACUUGAAGGAAUUUUGAGUGUCCUAUGGGACAGGAAAUAUCAUACCUACACUCUUUCCAAAAGCCUUUGGUCCAUCUAACUCGACGUUUCUCCUUGUCUUCUAUGCCGUAACAGUGUGUGAUUUAUACAGCUUCCUUCUCUGCUGGUUAUAGAAUUGCCAUUAAAAGGAAGUAAUUGUUAUUAUUAAAAUAAUGAAGAAACAUAAGGGUCACUGUGCUUGUUUUUGCGGUAGAACUGCAGAUAGUGCGCACCACCUGCAUUUCUUGCGAUUUUUGAGGGAGGAUUGGGGCGAGUUUCAAAGCGGCAUGUAUGUGGAAGGUGCAAGAAAGCAUUGAAAAAUUCGUUUUUAUGGAAUUUACAUCGAGAUAAAGCAAUUAAGACACAAUGAGAUAAAGAUGAAGCUUUAAAGUCAUGAAAGUAGUGAUUCAGCACAACAUCCAUUAUCGAAGGCCUCAGUUAGGAAGUUUAACUCAGCAACACGCGUACCGCUUAGGUAAGGCACAUUUCCAACACUUUGAGACUCAUCUGAGCUAGAAAAAAACUGCUAUGGAAAAGUCCAAUAACAGUUUCCUUCGAUUGACGUCAUUUUAAUCAUGUUUCUGCAGAAGCUCUUUUUUUACGGCUGCCAUCUUGUUAUGUGCAGUGAGGGAUGCACAUUUGGUCCGUAAUAAAAAUGUGAAAUCUGUUAGGUAACAAAGCUGUGUGCAAAGAUAUUAGUUGUAUCACAUAUAAUAAUCAAACAAACUGAAGGCACAUUAAUUUUAUUCAGUCGUUGUAGUUUUAGUUUUCUUUUGCUUACGUUGUCAUGGCAACGCAUAGUUAAGGUUAAAUGGCGUGUUAUAAACAACAUGUACGUGGUUAGAAGAUUGGAUGACUAAGUGAAAUGAUACUAUGUCUUGAAAAACUAGGACAAAUAAUUUAAUGAAUUUAAUUCAUUAAAUUUUUAUUAAUUUUAAUAAAUUGUGGUUUCUAUGGAAAAAGAGGUAAUUCCGCCUUGGCACUAGUACAUCUGAAGAUGCUUGUAUUGGUGACUACUAUCAGUGUGCCAAAUUUCAUGCUUGUAUCUAAAAGUGCACAAUUCACUUAAAAUUUCUAGCUAAGCCGCCUGACUUAGAAGGACAUUGAGCUGGAAAAAGACCACAAAUUGGUCCUUUUCGGAAAAUAUCCAAUUUGUGUAAAGUCAGUGUCCUCCGUUUUUAACCUUUGUUUAUCCUUUACAAAAUAAGUUAAUUUUAAAGUAAGUUCAAUGGCGAAAAAUUAUGCGCUUUUACUAUCGCCUAACAAUCCCACUGUAACAGGAAACUUUCUCUUGCAAUAACAAGACAAAUUACACAAGAAGACAUUAAUCUAUUACUCACAAAAACAACUGCUGCCAGGUCUUCUCAAGAAGCCGUGAUGACCAGCCAUUGUUCGUAAAUGAAUAUAAAGUAGGAUGACAGUCGUCUUCGCUGAAAAACAAAGUUUUCUGGAUUUCGCCGAGCAAAACAUAAACAUCUUUUCGGCGAAUCCAAACCAUACUCCACGACUUCUUAUAAACAUGUGAGUAUUUCAACAUUAGGUGGACUUUAAGACUCUUUUGACUUUGUUUCUGCUUAGUUUCCAUUGAUCGUUUUAAAUAAGUAAAUUUUCUUUCUCAGUUUUACCGUAAGAAUUUUCUUUCAAAGUAGACGAUUGUGGCGCGUUUGUAACCGGCUUAUAGAAGCGUUUGUUUUUCUGUGUCGCGCGUUGCGAGAAUUUUGCAGUUGAUCAAAGAGCAAGCAUUUUUGUCAGCUAUGUUAUAAAAGAAUUUGCUCAUGCUUUUACCUGUGCGUAUAUCGAGUUAUGAAUGCAUUUGGGAAGUUUGGAGAGCACUCAAGAGGCUAGAGUUGCUCUCGGCUGCGCCUCGAGAAACUCUUUAGGAACAUUCGUGCUCUCCAAACUUCCCCCGAUAUCCAUAACUCGAUACGCGCACGCUAAGCAUGAACAAAUUCCUAACUUAAAUACAGCCAUAUUUAACAGCGUUCUUAUUAUACAGUAAGUGGUAUCAUGGCGGCAGUAAUGAAGCGUAAGUCUUGGACUGCAGGAGGCAAGAUCUCAGCUGUUAUCGUGUAACAUGCGGAUGGGCUGGAGUUUUUUGAAGUAGAAAAACAGAAAAAAAAAAAAAAAAGAAAAGAAAAAGAGAACAACAGCUUUAAGUGGCACUGAAUGGCAAGGGAUAUGAACCUUGGGCCAUAGAAUAAAUUGAAGGCUAUGGCCCAUUGGGCCUAAGUCGAAGGUUCUGCAGAAUGGCGUUUAUUUACUUGACUCGCCAUCCAUUAUCUAAUACAUUUCUAUCCUAAAAAAUCGUCCCUUCUUAUCAAGCUUGCUACUGAUCUUGAUUAUCUUAGAAUAUAUGGCAAUUUAACGUGGUAAUAUGGGCUUCUCGUUUGACCGUGAAAGAAAAAUGAAAACAAAUAAUUAUUGGUAGCCGAGAGAGCUAGAGUAAAGCUGUUACUAUAUUAAAAUAUUUCACUUAUUUCACUUCCUUUCUUUCAGUCCUCAGACCAAAGGAGCGGAAAUAAAACUGACGGCAGAACUUAAGAUAGAAUGCAUAGAGGCUGGUGUACAUGACAUCACAGCUGCCCUCACAAGAUACCUAGCAAGUACAGUAGGCCUGUUUGAACAACAGUACAUUAAACUGCAAUAUGCCCGUAAGUAUGACGCUUUGGGUGUACUUUUCAGUUUUUAGCAAGCUGUUGCUGUUCCCAGGAAUUCGAAGUCCCCUUGGAUUCAAAGGCGGUUUCUUCGGUUAACUUCGUAAGGAAUAUUGUUGUUAGUAAUGCCAUAUAGGGUGACUGAAUCCGUUGAUGAACUCGUGGAGUAGACGCCACUGAAUACUGGGUGAUGUUCUCUGGUGCUAUUCAUCACGCUGCAAAAAAACAAAAAUGUAUACAACUUUUGAGGAAUCUUAUGUGGUGUGACCAUUCAAAAGAAGGUUACUAACACUAAUGUUGUACUGUUUAUGAUCCUGUUGAUUCCAUUAAAAGUGUAACCAUUCCAAUGAAAGCAGCUAAUAAGCAGUACGUUUUUAUCGUGCUGUACGCGUUUGCAUCAAGUUUUGAGGCUGUGAAUAAAAUCCUAAAUUUAAAAUCAUAUUCAGUGAAAACUUCUGAGAGUGCAAAGAAUGAAAGUUUUUUUUUCCUCGUUGUAUCUAUAAUAUCGUUGCAAAUUUCGGCUCUCUGAAUAAAAUCUGAUUACCCCUGGGAAAGAUAAUUGAGAUUUAAGCUGCUGGCAGUAAUCCCAAAUAAUGUUUUCUGUUUUUCGUUAACAGUUGAUUAUAGUUGCCGUCUCCCCAAAGUACACGUCCUCCUAAACAAGUCGCACAUCAAUGCUACAAAGAUAACAACGGUUGAUAUGUUUUUUGUUAUCGGAGAGUUUGCCCUUCGUUGCAAUACUUCCACUUCCUUUCGGCUCUCCUGGGACAGCUAUGAAGUCGAUGGUAAAAGUGGAGCUUUUAAAUUGAGCCCGUCCCGGCAAAUCGUGGGCGCUCGGAAACUUACUAUUCGACCAAAAAGUUUGCGUGUGGGGUUGUAUUUUAUACGACUGGUUGCCGAAAUGACGAAAGAGGAGGGCGCUUUGGGCUACGAUUACGGUUUUCUUCAAGUGGUGUAUCCUGAUCUUGUUGCUAAGAUACGCGGUGUGGACAUGGUGGUAAAGGGUACCAGCGAUGUUGUGUUAGAUGCAACAGAUUCCUACGACCCGCACGAUCCCGCAUCGCGGGACCAAGGCAUUACGUUUACUUGGUUGUGUCGAAGAGAAGACGAAGAUUUCUCGAACCUGGAGUCGCUCCCUAUCGAUACUUCCCAUGGGAGGGAAAAAGUCCUUGGAGGGUGUUUUGGAUAUGGCGUCGGGAAGAUGAACACAACGGAACCUUUUCUAAAGAUCAGUGUAAAUAAGAUGGUCUCACAGUAUAGCUACGUAUUUGAACUUAUUGUUGAGAAACAAAACCGAAGAUCCACUGCAAGUCAUAUACUGCGGGUCGAGUCUUCUAUUGCAUUUUCUAUCAGGUAAAUAGUUUUUCUUUGACUGUCACUAAUACUCAUGAAAUUUGCAUCAGUUAGUUAAAAUUGGUAUUCAGAAAGACAUUUCAUUCGAUUAAUUGAACGACAGUCAACUAUUCAAAUUUUCACCACUAAACGAUUUUUUAGCGAACUUUUUUGUGUUUUAGAGCAAGAACACAGAAUUUGAUUGCAUUCUCAAUUUUAAACUUGCAUGGUUACUUUUUUCCCCGGAUCUUAAAAUCAGCCUGUUAAUCCACUUUAAGUUAUAUACUUUGCAAUACUGAAACAUUCUAGACCUUCUAUACUGUCAACCAGGUUGGUUAAUGAAACAGUGAAAAAAACGUCGACAGUUGUGCGUCGUACAAGACGUCAGCCAUGCGUCUCUUCGUUCACAGAUCAUUGGUAACGACUGAUCAAAUUUCGCGUGGACUUCAGUAUGUUUAAUAUACUUUCAAUUUGACUCAGUUAUUCAUGGAGGCUCAGUCUAUGCCUCGCGUAACGGUAAAUAGCAGAUGUCAGAUAUGAGACCACGUGACUCUUUUCCCGCUCUUUUUCAGUAAUGCUCGUCGUUUGUCGCUGGCCGUUUUACAAAGUCAAGAUGAGUUUUCUCAUUUAUGUAAAACGUAAAGAAAAAGAACUUAACUUUUUUAACGGAUGCAAUCGCUUGAAGAUCUCUGCUGUUUGCUGUCUGCCGUUACGCUCUUUCUGAAUAGCUUUUGAUGUUUACUCUUAACAGAUGUAAAAGAAACUGCGGCUCCAAGGUGACCGCAAAUAAGCGCAUGAUAAUUGAGUCUGAAUGCAAGGGCGUGUCUUGCCAAGCGAUCCAGAAAUACAACUGGACGCUUUUCAAGUUCGAUGUCUUUGCCGAGAACGAAACGUGGGUGCAAGAAACAGACUUGGAGAACAGGAUCCUUACAGAACCGGAUAGCUCGAGUCUGGUGUUUAAAGGUAGUUUUCCAAAAUAUAGCACUAAUGGAACUUAAAUUGAUCACUUUGGCGGCUAUUGAAGGCGAACGAAGAUACCCGAGGAAAAUAAAACAAAAUAGUCAUAGACAAACAUUAUUCCAAAAAAUUGUUUUGUUAGAAGUCUCUCGAUAGCCAUCAGUGCUGUAUCUUUUACUAGGAAUCUUACUGUUUAAAGUAUUUCGGCUGACAGAAAAUAACAUUCUUUCGAAUUUCGUUUUAAGGUGCGCGCAAACGGACGUAGCAACUCUCAACAUUUUUGGGCUAACAAGGUGGGAGUUGUUGCGUCCGUUUUUGUUGCGAUGUGCAAACAAAUGCAACAACUCCCUACAAUGUUGGGUUCUGGAGUGGAUCGUGGGAACGAUACAACCCAUAAGACUUUAAAGACCAUGGGUGACCAUGUGCAGGGCCAUGUGUAUUGCGCGCGCGCGCGACCCCAGCAUGUUGGAAGAGCGGCGCAAAUAGAUCCAACAUUGUCGCGCUACGUUUCGGUGAUCACAGAACAAAAGAAAUGUUGGGAGUCGUUGGCUCAACAGUUUGACCGGUUUCAAACUUUGCACAACAACUCCAACUUGCAACAACAUGCAACAGGAUGCGCCAACGGACGCAACAUACAGCAUCCAACAAUGUUGCAUCCGUUUGCACCGGUCUUUACCUCCCCGCUAGCUAAGCGAUUUUUCCUCGCUUUUAUAAUCCGUUAUAGGAAAGCUCAACGAUUGGGAGAAUUCAUUGGCGGAUGACACCAAGUACAGACUGAGAGCAUCUGUGUACCUUGAUGAUGACACAGUUGAGGAGAGUGAGAUCUUCUUUAAGACUAAUUCUCCGCCAGUGUAUGAUUAUUCUGACGAAAUGGCCGGCUGCUCAGUGACCCCUGAAACUGGACACGCGGUUACAACAGAGUUUACUAUUUCCUGCCGGGGAUUCAUGGAUGAAGAUAUGCCACUAAGCUAUGAGUUUAGGUAUGUUUGCAGAGAAUUGCCCGUUCAUUUUGAGUUGCUGGUCAGAAAUGCGUAAAAGAGAUGUAUUCUUUUAGAUUAGAUACAAAUAAAAAAAUGUGAUUUUUCUGUGCUGUUUACUGAAUUUAAGCGACUUCCUGAAACGCAAAGUAAUAACAUAAAAAUUACGGCCUUUAUUCUGGGGCACCCAACGAAAGUGUUCUGUAAAAUACCUGUUCGGAGAAGCUAAAAUUUUCUAUUCCGUGAGAAAGUGGAAGAAUUUCUAGAUGGCUGUUCCAUUCAUUUACAAUUUUCGAAGCUUUUCUAAUAAAUUCCCUACGAUUUUCUGAAGUUUAAUAUUUCGCAUUUCACUCCCCAGAUUAAGGUAUUUUCCGAAGAAAAAGGAAACCUAAAAUUUUCGGAUUCGUAAAUGCGAUAGAAAUAGGAAUCAGAAAAAAUUCUCACUUUCGUGAAACUUCAAGUUGCAUCCAAAAUUUUCGGGAAAAUAAUAUUGAGGCCAUGGUAAUUUCGAAAAGAGCACAAGUUGCCCUAAGAUGACGAACAAGUAUAAAUUUUGUAGCGCCCAUUUGAAUUUAUUUCUAAAGAUCUAAAAGUACUCUCUGGAUAGACUAAAAAGAGUUUUCACUGCAUUUCGGAGGAAACCGUCGUUGGGUGCCCCUUUCAAAUCUUUUUUGUUAGCAACUAAUCAUGACAUCUUGCAAAUCUUAACUGUACCGUGGGUACGUAAGCAGGCUUAAAAAGACCCAACAUUUGUUAACCUCAUUUUUCAUUUUUCUCCUUUUGGAUCUGUAGCUAUCACACGAACACAGGUGCUGUUGUCAUACAGAAAGGCAGUUCAAGCAGCACUACUACCAGGCUUCCUCUUGGUGAUCCUCUGCUUGAUUACGUCAUUGCCCUGGAAAUUCAGAUUAUCGACUCACUAGGGGCUGCUUGUAUGGACGUCCUUGUAGUUAACGUAGGUUUUAUUCUAGCAUAAAAUAAAUAAAAUAAUUAAUUACUUGACCAAUACUUUAUUGACAGUGGAAAGAAAUUUCAACUCCUGAUAUAGCUUUGCUUUAAACCAAUGCCGCAGCUACAUCAGUCUGUUUAUUCUAUAACUACCAACGAAAUACUAGGAGAGUUUUUACGGGAAAACACGAUAUCUUAAUCUUCACGCGUGAAUAGAUCAGCGUUGCUAUGACUUCGUGGUCAAUCGCGCCUUUCGUAACCAAAAAAAUAUAACUGAAAUAGUUUGGUAUUUCAUUGGUGUCGAUAUAUAGAUAGAAAAUUACAUGGCCGCUUGCAUAGGAACACUCGAGUUAAAAAAGUUUGCAACACUCGAAGAUAAAUUUCGUAACUCUGCGCGUCCAUGUAAUAUUCUAUUCAAAUUUGAGUUUCAUGCUGUGACGGAACAGGACAGUGAAAAGAUUGUCAAGCAUAUCCCAUCAAACAAAGCGCCCGGGCAUGAUAGGUUAUCUGCUAGAGUGCUUAAAGACAGUCUACCAGCCACGCUACCUGUCAUUACUAAUCUGAUUAAUUCUUCGCUCGCAUCGAAAUCCUUUGCGCAGGCGUGGAAGUCUGCAGUGGUCACCCCAAGCCUCAAGUCCGGCGAUCCUAAUGAGCCCGAAAACACCCGCCCUAUAUCCCUUCUACCUGUAAUGUCAAAGGUAUGCGAGAGGGCUGCUCACACGCAGUUCAUGGACUUUUUGGAUAAAAAACAGCAAGAUAUCCGGCUUACAGGGUGGAAAAAGAAAGUUCCACAUCACUGAAACCGCCUUACUGCACUACACGGACCAGCUCCUUGUGCUGCUCGACAUGUCUAAAGCUUUCGACAGCAUCCAACAUGACAACUUAUUAUCAAAACUGCACUUACUGGGUGUGUCGGCCUCCACGCUAGCCUGGUUCAAGAGUUACCUAUCAUUACGCAAGCAAGUGGCCAGGAUUGGCAGUGACCUAUCCGACCCUCUCCCACUGACAGUGGGUGUGGCCCAGGGGUCCAUUCUCGGUCCAGUUUUGUUCACGUUGUACGUCAACGACCUUCUGCGAGUGCGGAGCCAUAGACUAUGUAGACGACAACAAGCUGCUUUUGACUCUUGCCCCGUUUGACAUCAGCAUUGCCAUUUCUGACCUCAAUAGUGAUCUCCGCGAGAUCGCAAAGUGCUGUUCAACAAACUCUUUGUUAAUUAACCCAAACAAAACUAAGCUCCUCGUUGUUGGCGUUCCACAACUAACUCGAAACUUAUCUUUACCUCCUUUUGUUCAAUUGGGGAAGAACAUCAAGCCCUCUCCUGUUGUAAAAGACUUGGGGAUCUGGAUCGACUCCGCCGUAACUAACCAUGUAUCUAAACUGUCCUCGAGCUGCCUGUAUAAUCUACGUGGUAUCAAUAGAAUUAAACAUCAUUUGGAAAACAAAACACUUUGUUUAAUUAUCAAGGAUCUUUUUUUUAGCAGGCUUUUUUUUUUAUUGUUCUAGUGUAUGGGGUAACACCUCCAGCAAAAACAUUUCUAAGCUUCAACUUAUCCAGAACUUUGCUUGCAGAAUCAUCCUAGGUAUCAAAAAAUUUGUUCAUUCUCUGCCGCGCGCAAAUCCCUUGGUUGGCUAACCGUCCGUCAAAAACUUCUAUUAAAUUCUGUUAGUAUGGUUCAGAAGUGUAGAACAAAUCAGGCACCACCUUAUCUUUACAAUUUAUUUUAUGAUAGAUUUAGUGUGUCACGACGCAGCACUAGAAAUAUGUCACAGUUAAAUCUACCUAAAUGCAGCCUGCAUUUAGGUAGAUUGUCAACUGGUCAACGUUCUUUCGCCUUUCGUGGGGCAAAAGAAUACAACUUACUCCCAGAAAACAUUCGGAACUUAAACAAUAUCUCAAGUUUUAAAAGGAAAGACGCCGCCCAUUUUCUUGGAAACUCUUCUUAAAUAGAUUGAAUCACAUUUUUCAUGACUGUAUAUAACAGUCGUGUAAAUAUUUCUUGUUGUAACAGAUGUAAACAUUUUUGCCGAUUGUAAUUUUAUUAUUGUAUAUUUUGUUAUUAUUGUACAUUACGACAUAAUAGCCCCGUAUAGAGGAGUCGUAAUAAAGUGUAUGUUAUGUUAUGUCUUUCUCUUCUUAUUCGGGUUCAACCUUUCCGUAGGUUGAACCAAUGCCCGCUGAAGAUGUCACUGAAACAUUGAUUAGUAUGACAAGUGGGGAGAAAAGCCCCCUUGGUAAUCUGAUUCAGUCUGGUGACGUAGACAAGGCGGCCCAGAUGGCAUACGCAGUACUGUCCAUGGUAGACAAGAGCGAGGGAGAGAUGAACAGCAAAGACAAAAUAUCGGUAAGCUAACUUGUUUGAUAAAUGUCUAGCCUUUUUGCCUCCUUAACAGUGUCUCUAAGGAGACACUGUUCUUUUGUUUUAUUUUAUCAUGUGCAAACUGCAAAGGAAUCCUCAUUCCAAAACGAUGAUAUGCUUAACAACAGCAUAAAAGAAUAGAAAGUAACAUGAGAACGGUCUAUUCUUAACCGUUUAUUCAUGACCAGACGUGUAUAAAAACGAAAAACAAAGGAUAAGUAAACCAUGACUUAAUAUCAUAUUAAGAAAUUAUAGGAUCGCUCACAUGGCAUGAGAAGGUUAAAAUUCCCAUUGUUCGGGCCAAAGUAAUUCUUUUUUAGUUAAAGAGUACCUUUGGUUAAGGCUCCAGAGUUUUUUUUUUUUAAGAUACCUUGUAAGAUAAGUGAAGGUUUGGACUAUUCUUAGUUUAUUAGUUGUCAAUUCUGAUAGAAAGUAAAGAAAAAAAUAGCUGUGCCAAAGAAUGAGGCUUGACCACAACUACAAAGUCAAAUAACUAAAAAAAGGCAGGGAUAUUUUAAUAAUGUCUUUUCUAUUAUUCAUUCAAAGUAUUUCUCCUUUUCUGUCAUAUUUGAAAAAAUGUGGGCAGUUACAUUCAUUGACGUCAAGCACUCUAACGUCAAUGAUUGCCUCUUGACUAAUAUACAAUUUAUGCGCACCAAUUUGCAAGUCUACGAGGAGCUAACGAUGCCUUAAGAACUUGAGGAACGAACGUAACUACCCGAGGCUCAAGGUUCGCUCAUUCCCUCCCCCUCUCCUUCAGUUCUUUAUUUUACGAGUAUUUAAAGCUAUUUGAAAGGCAAUAAAACAAUUUAAUUUUUAUUAUCACGUUGUUGGGCAUUGUGGCGCAUUUUGCUGGUUGAAAUGGAGAAUUUGGCGGGUGAAAAUGCAUUUUACCCCGCUGAAAUAAACCAAUGAAAAGAGAAGAUCAAACAGUCAUACGAUAUAUGCAGCCAAUCAAAAUCGAGAAGCCAUGAUUGUAAUGUUCGCGUUGCCCUUAUGCUAGUCUGCUACACAGUCUUUUUUUGGCGCAACGCUCUGUGGGAAGGAUCGUUGCGUGACGACACUAAAAACGGCUGUGUAGCAGACCACCUUUACGCUGCCAUUUUCAAAGAUCAAAUCAUGGCUGAAAACACAGAAAACAACAAACAAUUUGAGCUAGAGGAAGAAGAUCUACAAAUGAUUAGAAAAACCUCUGAUGUAAACGCCCAUAGUAGCUCCAUAGUCGGCGACGAAGUGCAUGUAGAUUUUGUAGCUUCAAGCCAUUAACGCACUCAGUUGAACCAAUUAUGCCAAAAUGUUACUUUAACAUUUGUGCAAAUGUACAUUUAAUUCUAACUCUUACAAAUGAGCUUUCUUGUCUAUUGUAAUUUUUACAAACUUAAAUGGCACGAUACUGUGUAAUUUCUAGCCAGUUUCGGGUAAAAAUUAAUAAAAGGCAUUCAACAUGUAAAUCCUAACGUAAUUUGAUUCAGAAUGACUUGUUUUCAUCUUAUAAAAUCGGCUUUAUUUUCUCAUUGCCCUCCAAAGUGAUAAUAAAAGUUGUGGAGUUUAUGUUGUUGGGCAUAAAUAUAUAUGUUUUUGGCCCUAAUCUCAGAGCUUAUUUUAACACUCGCCUAGCGGCUCGGGCUAAAAUGAGUUUGAGUCGGGCUUAAAAUAUAUUUAUGCCCCCCAACAUAAACUCUAUGGGACGGUUAUUUAAACGGAGUUUAACCAGUGUUUAGCAAAACCGCUUUGUAAGUCACUUUCAGUUUGCCUAGCGCUUUCAUCUAAACACCAUUUGUCGUUAAGAGUUUCAUUAAAGCAUAUAGUAUAGACUAGAACAGCAUUUAUCUUCUUGAAUUUAACCCACUAAGGAGGAGACUGAAGAUCCAAAGGUUUCUUAAACCGCGUUAAGACUUCGUUUAUAUAACCGACCCUUUAUCUUUAUUACCGUUAAACAAAUAAAACAAUUACUACUGAAUUUCGGCUUUCAUUUGAGGUGGAGAAUUAUGCAGAUUUCGGAGGUUUUCAUCCAUCUCAGCUUUCGGCGUCGAUGGAUAACACACUUCUUGAUCAACAUAAUUCUUCAUAUCAUGCUCAGCCUUAUUCAAUAAUUGAUAAAUAUAGAAGGUAUGAAGCUAAGUAACCAUACAAUUUAAACGUUAAAUUCUUCUUACAACAUUUUAAAGAUUACAGGUAACGUAAAGAAGUUAAACUAACAUUAUAUUUAAUCCAUCCUCUGUGUGCACGACGGUAACCAGCACGCUCACUUUUUUCAGACAGUAUAUUUAACGAUAGUCAUCCUACGUGUGCUUAAUCCGAAUCAUAUAAAAGUCGGUAGCUUUACAACAACUUGCUCUAUUAUUCGUUGUUCAUGAAGAAAAGCCUGCAAUUGCAAAGACAUUCCUUUUUCUGUUUCAUUUUUUUUGUCUUUCUCAACAAGUUUGCCGGUUCUUUGCUUAAAGGUUUUUCCCCGAGAGGUUUUUCAAGUUCUCGAUCUUGCUUUUUCUCAAUCAUUCAGCGAUGAGUUUCAUUUGUCAAGCUUUAUCUGUUUCUGCUGUUGUCAGAAGGGCCUAUCUAUGUUUUUUUUCUCUCACCAAUAAUUAUAACUGUCAGCAUGUCUUCAUCAUAACAACAAAAUUAAGAUAAAUUUGGUUUCGUCCACAACUGUUACCAUUUUCCCAGAAUUGUGCACCUAUUGCGCGGCAGUGAGUUUGCAUCAAGAUUGUAAAAUUAAGUGAACCAACCGAACGGGAUUUAAGAUUGACUGCUGCCGACAAGACAUCGAUGUAUCCCCAAGUAAGCCCUUGUGUUUUGUUCUGCUUUGAAGUGUUGUGGUUGUCAUGCAAGAAAAUCUCAGAAGCGUUACUUGCUGACUCAGCCUCAGUCGCCCUAUCUUCUUGCUGGGGUCCUCAAGAAUGUGCAUAAGUUGAAUUAAAAGUGAGAUCUAGAGCGAAACCGUAGUCGGGCAGGAGAAACAACGACAAACAAACAAACACAAAAAACAGGAGCAACAACAACUGGCGCACUCUUAGAAGGCACGAUAAUGAUUCCUGACUGAAGACGCACGUUCCGAUUCAGCUAUAACUGCACUAGUUAAUAUUCAUGUAAAAUCAACUUUAACUUGAAUUUAUUCGCACAUUUGCAUGAUAAACCAUGCAUAAGCGGACACGAUCAAGUCACUACUCGGCACUGUGAGCACUAUCACGAUUGUUAACGUCACCGUAUUCACGACUAAUUAUCGACCAUUUUAUACAAAUCUACAUGCUUUUAACUCACAGAUUGCAGUGGUAAGAAAGAUCUUACGCUCAAAGUUUAAUGUCACCAAGACAACGGUCCGUAAUGUAAGUACGCAUACCACACAUGCGCCACUUUAAAAUAAUUGUCAUUUUUGUUUAGUUUUCUUCACGUUAGUUUUUUUCUCUUUCAUUUAUUUUCGUAUUACAUGUCAUAUUGUGUUGGUAACUGUGAUGUGAUGCCAAGAUACCCGUAACAGUUAAGGGAAAAUUAGUCGGUCUUUUGUACUUUGUUUUGGGUAGGAAUUUUUUUGUAUGUGUUUAACGUAAAUAUUCAUUUGUCAGUAAUUCAUUUUCAUUCAAACUGCCUUUUUUGUUUACUUCCUUUCUCGCUGUUCAGACACUUAAGUUAAAUCAUAUAAAGAACAACAACAUCAACAACAACCACAACAACAACAACAACAACAACAACAACAACAACGCUAGGAAUAAGUGACAAGCCGUGGCUUCAUAAUACAAACAACUGCAAAACUCUUACUUGAAAAAAGUGUUCAUGAAAUCAAUUGCCCGUAAUUUUAUUUAAGCUCAAAGACUGCUUGGCAAUUAUUAUCUAUAUCAACGAAAAUAACAGACUAACCACGCAUGCGGACCUCGAAUGGAUUUUUAAUAAAAUAAAGCGAAUAAAAAAUAUAGAGAAAAACAUUACAAUUUGAUUUUAUUUAGAAUUAAUAACAUUUUUUAAACGAUGCUAAACUGUUUCUUAAUUUUUCUGUAGUAUUCACUGACACCUAAGGAAUCGAAAUUUUUGAAAAAUUGCUUAAACCUCGUCAUUUGUUCUUGCGAGGAAGGCAUAAAUUUAAACAAACUCUCUCACACACACUAACUUGUUUACAGAUGGCUCUUCGAGAAGGUUUUUUAGGUGCUAAUAGUUUGAAGGAAGGUAUGUGCCGCAUCCUUUUUUGCGCAAGAACAAGCCUGAUAAAGUUGUCCUGUCAGGCCAGGUGAUAUUCAGUUGAAGUGAUUUAUGAACAAUUGUUCGCUGAAGGCCCAGUUAAUAUUGUUAAAUAUUCGUCUCGGGAAUUAUUCAACAAUAUUAACUGAGCCUAAGGUGAAUAAUUGCUUUAGUAUAUUCACACGAAGUGAUCUCAACAGAGUCAGAAAGGAAACCAUUAAAAAAACCCAUUAUAUUAGGUCGAUUGACGGGUGCAUGAACUCAUGCGUGAACACAUGAAGCCGUAAACAGCAGAUGCGCAAAAGUUAGAUCUUUAUAGUAUCUUCCAACAUGGCAAAUCAUAGUUUUAAUCUUUUUUAAAGCAUUAGCGUCAAUGGUUUUAAAGAAAACGUCGGAAGUUGAAAUUACUAUCCCUUCUAAGAAGAAACGUAUAGCUUUUUUUGUUUCUGUCAAAUCACCGUGAUCGAGAGAGUUUUUUUGUCGCUUCUUCAACGCUAUCAACAGCGUCUACGAUCGAGGUGAGCGUUGUUUAUAUAUCUGCAGUGUUCUUUCCUUGUUAACUUGCUGGCACGUACAAUUUUCGAAAAUAUUUGCCUUCCUCUUUUCUCCAUAUUAACUUUUAUUUAAAGGCAAAAUUGGUCCUGCGAGGAAAUCCCGAGUUCACAAAACAGUGACAAAGUGGCCUCGUUUUCCUCUGUAGUGGUAAACAUUUCUUCGAGCGUACAAAAAGUCAGCUACAGUAAAUCACUUCACAAUAAAUCACGCUGUUUUAACACCAUGAAGUCUUUUCUUACCUUCAAAAUCAUCAACACUAAGGUAUUCUUGUAUUUUCAAAAAGUUCUUACUCUGAAACUUUGGCAAAACACCCAGUUCACGACAGUGAUUCUGUUCUGCUUUAUGUUCACCACCUAACGAGGUGAAUAGAACGUCAUAGUCCGAGAUCGCAAAUCAAUCAGAUUGCUUGAAUCACUAAGAUCACUGAGUGUGUAUUUACUAAUCACGAAUAAAAAUGCUGCUCUUAUGACGUUGAGGUUAUCGCUGGGUUUACUUUCAGCUGAAAGACUCCAUUAUCAACCAGAUGGCCGCCGUCAAGGUGACCAGCCUUGAACAAGUCACACAGAUGGCAGCAGUAGUCGCCAUAGCAACAGAGCAGAAGGAUGAAAUUUCUCAAAGUUCACAGGUAUCUGAACCCUCCAAAACGGCCUACUCAAGUAUUACAGUGGCCCUUUUUUUACUAAUGGUGACUGAAGAAAUUGAUGACACCUUCCUAUCCGUCGGUUAGUUCAAAAGGGUAGUAAAAAACAAACAAAUAAACAAAAACAAGUGACCUGUAACAAAGGAGUCUGACGGGCUUCGUAGCCAGGGCACUUACAUGGGAAUUUAAGGGUUACGUUUUCAAGAACCAACAUUUUUGUCCUACAAUUUUGCAGGAGAACGCCGUCAAUCUUCUAGAAGACACGGCGGACUUUGUUUCAUCCCAGCUAAACUCAGACACUACCGAUCCAGGUGUUUUGCAAGACGUAGGUGCCAGCCUCCUUCAUGGCAUUUCAAACGUUAUAAGUGCAACGUCGAGUAAAGCUGAAAAGGGAAAGGAUGAUGAGGAAACGGAUGAGGAAAAGCAGCCUGGGAAUGAGGAAGGUGAACAGCAAAUGGAAAAGGAGAAGGAAAAGACGAAAGCUGAAAAAGAAAAGGUAUCUAUGUUCUUAUUUGAAGCACUCCCAUGAGUAAAAAUGGACCAAAAAAAUUUUGGAUCAAAAUUUGGGCAUAGCAAUACAACUCUACUAUAAAAUUGCGUCGUUAUAUAAAAAAGUUAGUUAAAACGUUAAAAGUUAAAAAAAAGCUACCACACGGCCAGUUGAAUGCAAACUAUUUUAUUCUAUAAAACGGUUUUAUUAUCUUGUGUCUUUAGAGUAAAAAGAUGGCUGAGAAAACGUUAAAGCUGAUGGACAAGGUUGGCUCCAGCCUUUUGGGUACGAAGGCUGUUGGUGAAAAGCCCAGCGUGUUUUCAACUAAAUCCCUAAAUAUGACGUUGGACAGACAGGUUCCAUCAAAGAUUGGCAACAAAAAGCUGAGUGACGGACAGGGGGACGGGGGCGUUGAGUUACCUUCAGCUGCUACUCUAUUUGGAGACAAGGCUAGCCAUCUUCCUUCGGUUGAUUCACAGGUACUGAACAUGCAAUAUUAGACCGCAAGUAGACGACUCGGAAUGAAAUUUUAAAUUAUUAUUUUUACUGAUGUGAACUUCAGUUUUUUUUAUGCGUUUUGAGUCGCCUUGGCGUAGUGGUUCGUACUAUGUCGGUGGUAGUUUGAAGCCUUGUUGCCACCGUCUUUGUAAUUUGGGUAGUUGAGAAACUAUGGCCCUUGCUGCUUCUCAGUCUCCUUUUAAAUACAUCAGGGGGUUUGGCACUACAAUACUAUCAUCAACUAGCAUGCAAUCCAGUGGGCUGGUAGCUGCUUCUCAAAAAAAUUUUCGAUUUUUCUAGAUGCUGGCGUUUAAGGACAAUCCCUACACAUGGGACGCAACUUCGAGAAACAUUAAGUCCUCAGUAAUCGAUUUUUCGUUAAAAGCCGCGGAUGGAGAAACAUUGGAAGUGUCUGGACUUUCAAAACCAGUGGAACUUUUUAUACCUCAGAAGAAAAGACGUGAAGAUAAGGGCAACAGUACCAACACUACCAACCCAGUGUACUUUGCAAAGCCAAGCGAUGGUGAAAAUAACUUGAGGUAAACGAAGGAAAUGUGUCUUUUCCACGUUUUAGAUUAUUAUUUGUUUAAAUUAAAUAAGGGUUUGGAAACCUGUGUUCUAAAUUGCAUCUAUCUAACCAGUGGUUUGCCCUGAAAUUUCAUACAACCUCCUGUUCGAUUUCGGGGACUAGACUAUUUAAAGUUUAAACACUAGUUGAUGAUUGGGGAGCCAAAUGUUGAUCUCAAAAGCCUAUGCUCAGUAGCAUAAACAUAGUGGGGCCACUUAAAAUCGCCUAAGCCCAAACUCUAACACCGACUAUAAACGUAUUUGAAAAGGACAUUUCUUCUUUUUAAUCAGGUACCACCAAGUUGUAAUCCCAUCGAAGAGUUUGUCAGUCUUCAUUGAAAUCAAACCAGAAGAGGGUAAAUCCCUUGAAGUGUACGUCAGCUACAAAAAGCGUCCAACAGUAGAACAUUACAGUUUCAGUGCCAUCAUCCCAGAUAUUAAAUACUGCAAAGAUAAUGGGACUGGACUAAACUGUAGUGAGAAGGCUUACGUAUUUGUAAUAAGCAGCGCAGUCACAGGCCACAUUGGCGUCCACUAUAUCGCGAUAAGAUACCCUGAGCUGGAAACAGAAUCUGCUAGUACCGGAUCCUCAGAGAUGGAAGAUGACGAAGUCGAUCUUCGGGUGAGAAGGGACUGUGGAAGUCACGGACGCAGGCAGAAACGUUCUUGCAUUGGCGUUAAAGAUCCCCCAACGACCCCUCCCUCUACUCCUAAGAUUGUUAUUCCACAGUAUGACAAUAGCACAGACGUGAACUACACUUUGUCUGUGACGGCGGCAAAUUGUUUGUACUGGUCAGAAAACAAGCAGGCAUGGACAGGUGAUGGAUGUACGGUAUGUAUGUGUGAAAGUAGAGGAAACUAUUCUUCCUAGCUGCAGUCCCGUGGUGUUAGUUGAGACUCGUUUUUCAGUAAAUUUUCGUAUAUUUCUAGACCUUGUCUCUUUGUGUCGUAACUAUAUAUAUUUUCAUACAAAAUGUAAAACUUUCUUUAAGGCCCCAUUGAAAAUAUUUACCCCUUUUUACCUCAUGACUAUUAUUUAUUUUUUAUAAGGUUUCAUAACCUCACUUGAAUUGCUGGGGAGCUUGCAUAAGGAUUUUGAGAAGAAGGAAGGGUGUUUGAAAGUGAUGGACAAAAUGACUGUCCUUGAUGGUUACUAAACCCUAUUCAUAGAUGAAUGGCUUAAGUUGUUUUCAUUCACAACAGGUUGGUCCAAAGACGGUACCCGACAACCUCCACUGUCUAUGCACUCAUUUGUCCGCGUUUGGUGGGGAUUUUUUUGUUGCUCCAAACCCCAUCGAUUUCGACAAGGUUUGGGCUGAGUUUGGUAACCUGGCAGAGUCCGGAAACUUUGUCGUUCUCGCCACUGUUUGUUCCAUAUUUGGACUCUAUUUUGUUGGGUUGGUUUUCGCUAGAAAAGCUGACAGAAAGGACGAAAUGAAGGUACGUUUGGUCUUAUUUUCCCUAUGUACCAACCGCUGGAGAAAAAAUGGAUUUGCACAAAUUUGUUCUUGGCAAAUACUUGUAUAUCGCAAAAAUGCAAAAAGUGAGGAGUACAUCCAACAGCUUGUGAGGAGUACAAGCUGUUAGAUAACAGUCCAGUAUAAAGUAAUACUUUUCUGCAAGAUGUGAAAGACAGCCAAUUUUGAUGAGUGUAAUCCUGUCACCAGUGGCAUACUAAAGAAAACGUUAUUCACCAGCGAUUGUUUUUCUUGAAUUUGUUCUCGUUAUCACUUCCUAAAUAUUAGUUUUUGAAAAGAAGGUCAAGGAAUGUAUAAAAAUCUUAGCAGAAGAUGGCUUGAUUCUAGUGCGUGCUACUUUUCGAAAAAAUUGGAUCGCAAUUAACCUUUGUCUUAUUUCUAGGUUGUGGCUAACGUUUAUCUGGCGGAUAACACGGAAGGAGGCUACUUGUAUGAAAUUUCCGUUCAAACUGGAAUGUGGAAGGGUUAUGGGACGACAGCAAACAUAGGACUGAUCAUCUAUGGAGAGCAAGGCGUGACCCCAGCUUUACCCUUAUCAGAUCCAGAACUUAACAAAAUUUUCUUUGCUCGUGGAAGCAUUAACAACUUUACUUUAUCUUUACCGGAGUCGUUGGGUAACCUAGUAAAGAUUAAAAUCUGGCACGACAACAGUGGGAAGAGUCCUGCGUGGUUUUUCUCACAGGUUAAAAUUAUUGAUUCUCAGACUGGAGACAAAUGGCAUUUCCUGGGGAACCGAUGGCUUGCACUGGAUAAAGGUACUGGGCAGAUAGAAGUGGAACUAAAAGCUGCCGAUAAAAGAGAACUCUCAGGAUUCAAAAACCUGUUUUAUUCCAGAACCUCGCGGAGCUUGGGUGAUGGUCAUUUGUGGUUAUCGGUCUUUACCAGGCCUCCGCAUAACACAUUCACCCGUUGUCAGCGCUUAACUUGUUGUUUGUCAAUUUUAUUUGCCACUUUGAUAACAAACGCAAUGUUUUAUCAAUUUAAUAAUCCCCCAGAAGACACGUUCCAGUUAGGACCAAUCAAGUUAAGCUGGAUACAAAUCAAAAUUGGCAUUCAAAGUAGUCUUAUUGCUAUUCCUGUAAAUGUCCUGGUUGUAACUAUCUUUAAGAACAUCAAGUACCCUCUCCCUGCGGAUGCAAUUGGGGCAAACCAAAAAAUACCUGGAUGUUUGCCUCAUUUUUUCGUGUACGUCGGCUGGAUGCUUUGUAUCUUGACUUCCCUGGCAUCUGCUGCGUUUACAGUGUUCUACAGCAUGAUGUGGGGGGCUGAGACUUCAAACCAAUGGCUCACAUCUAUCAUGGUGUCAUUCUUCCAAGAUGUUGUUAUCACACAACCUAUAAAAGUGGUUCUUAUUGCGUCACUGUUGUCUCUCCUUAUCAGAAAGCCUCCUGAGCAGGACUUGGUUCUCGGCUCGUCGAUGAAAAGUGGCGGGAAAGGUAGCCAAGUAGAACCACCUGCCGGAGAGGCGCUCAAAAAAGCCCGCGAAUUUCAAACGAAGGUCUUGGAAAUGUUUAGAACUAUUGUUGAAAUGACUUUCUUCUUUGUGUUUAUUGCUCUUCUCAUGGUGGUGUGCUAUGGAAAUAGAAAACCUACCAGGUUUCAGCUGACUGCCGGCUUGGAGAACAUGUUUAGUGGCUUUGAAAAGGUAAAGAGUACUGUUAUACCGCUAAAAAAAACUAAGCCUUUUUAGCCACAUCACGUGAGUAUACCUCGAUUUGAAUUUCAAAUGACUUGCAGUGAUCAUUAAUUAUGUCAACAGAGUGAACUCUGUCCACUGCUACAAAGUUAUUAUCAUGCGCUAUGGUUAUCUUGUCAAGUGCAAUCCAAGCGUAAAUUAAUUAGGAACUCUAUACGUGGUCUGUUUUUGCUUCACUAUCGUAAGGAUUCUCUGUUUUCUUUCUCCAUAAGGUAAACAGUCCACCGGCCUUCUGGACAUGGACGAGGAAUGUCCUCAUUCCAGGCCUCUAUCACACACAGUGGUACAACGGCGAUCGUUUCGAAUACGAGGAGGGUUUCCUUAGCAACAGAGAAACCUUUAUGGUAGGAAUGCCUCGGCUCCGACAAGCUCGUAUCAGACCUGGUGAGUUCCAUGCCAGUCACUUUAUUACUUACAUUAAUGCUCUUAACCCAUAACCCCUUAGAUAAAGCAAGUAACUAGACCAGAAUUAUUAUGGGGAAAAAGGGGUAAGGGAUGAAGUACUCCAAAUAUGGACAGCAGGUCACUUUUCUCUACAUAUUGGUGUAACAGUCCGAAAUCUACAAGGGGAGAGGUGAUAAUCCUCUCUAGGGAGUGAUAAUCCCCUAGGAUAAGGAGGUAAUAAUCCUCUCUUGGGGGUGAUAAUCCCCCAGGAUAGUGAGAAGCUAGGUGAUAAUCCUCUCUAGGGGUUGAUAAUCCCCCAAGGUUGUGAGUGGAGGUGAUAAUCCCCCUUGGGUACCGGAGAGGUGGAAAGACCUCUCUAGAUGUCUAAUUCCCCGGUUUAAGGAGUAACAAGAGUCUAUGGGGCAAAGUGUGACCUGUAUGGGAGCACUUCAUCCCGAACCCAUGUUUAUUAAUUGCCAACGACUCUCAAUACAGAUAUCAUCACUAAUUUAAGCUAGGAUUGCGUGCCUACUGCCCGUCAGGAAAAACCCUCACUUAUUUUUGGGGGAAACCUGAACCCUCCCGAAAGCAGAGCCAGACACUUAAGGGAGAGAGGUUAGACGAAAAUGUAUUAAUAGAAGUUGUAAGUAAAUGACAAUUAAACUUUUAUCAACUUAAUAAUCAAAAUAAGGCCCAAAAUAACUAAGUGCACAAGCAUGUUAGGAUGCCGGGUACGAUGAUUCCCCUCAGUAGAAAACCCACCUCUUUUCUGCCAUAUCUUCUUGACAAUUGCCAAUUGAUUCGAAGUGUAAACAACAAAGAUCAGUAGUUCGUAUGACUGCAAAAAGUAUAAGCAGCUUCUUAAAUUUUUCAACAAGAGAAAAGACCUCAUAUAUAAAACCUUAAGAAAACCAGCAGAGAGAAUCAAGCAGUAAUAAGGGAGGGUGGGAUGGGAUUUUGUUCCACGAAGAGAAGAAUAUGAAGUGCUAUUUUGCUGAGCUAGGCGCGAAAAUAUAGGCAUCAACUGUACAUGUGAUAGCUGGCAUCUAAUUGGCCGAGCGAAACAAUUAGUGUGACAGGGGUCACAUGCAGGAAGUGACCCCUGAAAGGAAGUGAGCUGAUUCCACUACUGGUAAGGGCGGGUUUAUGGUUAUCACAUUAACUCCAAUUUAUCCUGUUGUAUAAAUUAGCUUUUAAGUUUCGUUCACACGGCAACGAACGAAGUUUCGACCGGCUGAGAAUUUGACGGGAAACUAUGUUCAAACGGGACCAUUCAAUAUUUUCGCUCUAUUCACAAGGAAGUUUGAACAGCUAAGCGUCUAAGUUUUAGUACCGUUUAUAUAAGGUGGUUCCGUGUAAACGGACCACCUAAACGCACAAAUUUCAACCGCUCGAAAAUUCGUCCCGUGCUGUGUGAAGGUAUCCUAAGAAAAAACCUGGGCCCAGUUUUUCGAAGGCCGAUUAGUGCUUAACCAAGGGUUAAAUUUUACCCGAGUUUCUUUUCCUUUUGUUCAAAGACAUUUUCUCGGAGAAUUUUCUCUGUUAUUUUUAAGAGCAUCCAAUCAUCAACUUGUCAACAAAGAGAAUUAAACUGAAUUUACUUUUUAAGCUUUCAUAUCUGAAUUCAUAUUUCGCAUUAACCCUGGGUUAUCUUAACCUAGCUUUGAACAACCCGGCCCUGUAUAUAGAGGAUAUUACAUGGUCGCGCGGAGGUACGAAAUUUCUCUUCGAGUGUUGAAAAAUAUUUCACGAGUGAGCGCAGAGAACGGGUGAAGUAUUUUUUCAACACGCAAAAAGAAAUUUCGUAUCUCCAAGCGGCCAUGUAAUGUUCUAUUAAAUAUAUAAACGCCAAUGAAAUACCAAACCAUUUCACUUAAAUGGUUUUUGGUGUGAAAGGCGCCAUUUAUUAUGUAGCCAUAGCAAAGGUGAUAUUUUCACAUGUGAAGAUAUCAAGUUUUCACGCGAAAGCUCACCUGGUAUUUCAUUGGUGUCUAUGUAAUAAAUUAGGGUUCGUAGACAGUAAAGCAUAAUAAAUAAAGAUGUGAAUUUACGAUUGCACAAAAAUGGUGAAUAAAGUAUCUUGCCGCGGACUAUAGUAGCAUAUGAUCGGAUUUCAGUGAAGACCUACGUACUACUUUUAGACACAAGAUGCCGUAUUUUCUCGAAUAAACGCCGCCCUCGAAUAAGAGCCUCAUUUGGGAUAAAAAAAGUUAAUGAACGCCUCCCCCGAAUAAAUGCCGAGGCCCAGAUACAUUCGAAGUCAAAAUACGUUAAUUCUGUUAGUUUAAUAACAAUGUCGUCGUUGAAUAAAUUCUUUGUCGCGUCCAACUUUCAAAUAAACGCCGCCCGCAAAUAAGCGCCGCAUUUGAGGCAUGAAAAUUUUAAUAAGUGCCGCGGUUCUUAUUCGACUAAAUACGGUAUUGGUGUUUUAUAAGAAUUUUUUUUUUGUGCAAGAAAAUUACUUUUUCUCACAGAAUAUUGCCGGUGGGAAAAGGAAAACUGUUAACACUGUUUCACCUCGAAGCUAGAAAAACAGCGGUUAUGCAUUUUACAGAGACUCCCAAGUUUAAUCUUUGUUUUAAUUGUUUCCUUAAUAUCGAUUAAUAGACUGUUAAAGAGUGAGCAAUGCACAUUUAUUGCUUUUUUGUUGUUGUUCAUAGAGGAAAGAUGUAUCAUGGAAGCCACAAAUCCAGAAUUGGCCCAUAAUUUCCAACGUUGUUUAUCAGUCUAUAAUGACGAAGUGGCUGACUUGACUCUUUACAACCAACCCGGUUGGGUCCCUUUGGAUAACACCAGCCGGUUACUGUCUGUGUUUGAACUGCAAGAUAUGUGUCCAAUGCCAUGGCGGUACCGAACAGCGAAGAAUUUAACCACACUCUCUUGGCAAGGAUUACAAAGUGUUUAUGGCGGCGGCGGGUUCAUUGCGGACCUUGGCUACAACGCAAAGUCCGCUCUGGAAGUGUUGCACAACUUGGAGAAGAACAACUGGAUAAAUGACAUGACUGCUGCAGUGUUCGUUGAAUUUACAAUCCAUCAACCAGCGACAUCGCUAUUUAGCGUCGUGAGGUACUUGUUUGAGCGCUUGUCUACGGGCGGGUACAAUACCGUGACAAAAAUUGCAACCUUGACGAUAUAUGCUUCGCCAGAUCCUGCCUUUAAAUCUUUUUACCAGCUGUGCCAGCUCCUUCUGAUGUUGGUUAUUUUAUUUUUCUUUUUUGCUGAAAUUGGAAAAAUUUAUCGUCAAAAAUGUUUUUAUUUUGCUCAGUUUUGGAACUGGAUGGAGCUGCUACAGAUAUUUGGAGCAGUGGCAGCGGUUGUAAUGUUCUUCUUCAAAGAAAUGUACACCAGUGAGUACAUUAAGCGUAUCCAGGCAAACCCGUUUGAGACUUCCAGCACUGAUUAUAUUGUGUUAUGGUCCGAACUCGAGAUCUAUUUGUUGGCUUUCGUCAUGUUCAUCGUCACAAUGAAAUUUCUCAGACUUAUUCGCUUUAACCGUCACAUCUGCCAAAUGACUGCCACCAUACAGAAAUCUAUAGGUCAUCUCUUGUCAUUUUUUUGCGUAUUCGUAGGGAUUAUUCUGGCAUAUACUCAAAUGGGUGUUCUUGUGUUUGGACCAAGCGUAUCAACUUACUCAUCGUUCUUUCAAUCCAUGCGUUCGGUCUGUCAGAUGAUCUUGGGCGGCGAAACACACUUCCACGAGCUCAAACAUGCCAGCAAAAUUGUAGGACCUCUGUUUGUGUUUUGUUUCAUGUUAAGCAUGUCGAUGAUCAUGUUGAAUAUGUUUCUUGCAAUACUUAACGAAUCGUACGAAGAGGUCAAAGACUUUGAGGGGCAUGCUUUCGCAGAUGCAGAACUCGGCGAGUUUAUGAAAACAUACUGUGAAACAAAGGUCGGGUACGUCAGUGACGAGCUUGUCGCCUUUUUUAAGAAAAUGGUUACCAUGGCACGGGCUAAGAGGCCGAAAAUGGGUCUGGUUGAAGGGUACGAGAAAGUACCAAUUGAAGAAUCCCACCAAGUGUUUGAAGAAAACGUUGAUGACGGCAUUGAGUUGUGUGGUGCUAAACCGCAGUUAGCGCUUAUUGCUUCUAUGGAAGACUUAACUAAUAGCGAAGAAGACUUGGCUUCCAAUUUGGACGAUGUAAAGCAAAGCUUGUCCGAAAUUGGAGCGGAAUUGCGUCGUUCAAUCUCAGUUCUUAACGAACCAUCAUCUCCGUGCGACACAAAUCUCAAUGACUUAAACAAAGAGGCGAUAUGUUCUUGUGAAGAUUCAGUUCUGGAUCCUCGUAGUUAUGGCUAUAACCGUUACUCUUUUUUCAGUAACAUUUGGGAAAGGCAAGAGUUUCCCAAUGACCGCUUUCGCACGAGAAAAAGAACUGCAAAUAUUGACCCUCUAAUCAGCGGUCCUUUAAUUGAACGCAUUGGGGAAAUGAAUGCCGAAUUGAACGAGGAAAAUAUCAUCCCUUACUUUCCGACAAUCUGGGAAAGACAAGCAGAGCCUGAUCAUUUCACUGAGAAACAAAGGACUUCAUCAAAGCCCUUUCCUCUCGUAGACAAUAAGGCUGAUUUGAGAAGCAGAGACGAGGAAUGUACAUUUGAUAGAGUACGUCUUGAAGAACACUCAACUCCUGAUUUGAUGUCUACCAGCACGAUAAACAGCACGGUGGUGGAUGAUCUCCCCGAAAGUUUUGUAUAA